AGGGCUGCAGGCUGGGAGCUGUGUUUGCUACAAGUAUCACAUUGCUGGCAGGCUGGGGGGCAGUGUGAGUGUGAGUGUGAGUGUGGUACACAGAUGGCAUGAAUGGCACUUCUCAUGGACUGAGGGGUGAGGGCACUCCUGCUUUCUUUCUAUCUGCUGACCUCCUGCAGGACUGGCUCAGGAUCUCUGCAAGCCUGGGAUUAAUAGUGUCUGUGUUACUUCUUGUAGGAGCUUCUGAUACAUUGUGUGCAAUCUGCCAUCUCUCUGCCAGCAGUCACUGUGUGUGUGAGUGUGUGUGUGUGUGUGUGAGUGUGUGUUUAACCCCUUCCUCGCCCCUUGGAAUCUGUACAAUGCUGAAGGUUUUAACAAAGAAACUAAAGAACCAGAGUUUAAGUGAAAUUCAGCCCUUUCAACUCAAGGUAACACAUUGUUUGCUGUGUCUUUCUGUGUCUUGCUGUGAGAUGGUGAUGUACUGCGCUAUGGUAUAGUGGGGGGCUGUCUCUGUAUCCUGGGAGGAAGGGAUACAUUGUGGCUGGAGGGGAGGGUAGGCCUGGCUCUUUAAACUGCCACCCAUACCACACACAGCCUCACCCCACUCACUUAACCCUGGAUUGGGAAGCAGAAACUGCUGAGCCUGCACAAUGAGGGGUUCCUAUUAUAUCUUAGUUUGAAGUAAAGAAAGAGUUAAGCACAAUAUGAGCCUCUGUGUCUUGAAAUAAAAUUAGUUUUUAUCUUAGUACUAUCAGAUUGUCUGGAAAGCACUCAUUCCUUCUAUUCACAGUAAUUGUUGUCCGUGUUAGUAACUUGUAUCUAUACGGGCACUUCAUGACCUCAUCGCCUUGCGAUAAACGUAUCGGCUGCCGUAACCAAUAACGGUGCCCAUUCUCCGUAUUAUUAUACAGUGUGCCAGGGUUUAACCGGACCCGGGCGAUCACUGGGUUAAUGCUGUGUGUUCAGGGAGACAUCUCAGAGCAGGCCUGGGUCCACGUUGCCCUGGAGAGCAGCCAGUGAUGGUACUGGCAUGUGAGGAGUUAAUUCGACCUGGGACUAUAAUAGAAUGUUCACUAUUUUUUUUUUUUUUUUUAAAUAGGUUUUUUUUUUUGGGGGGGGUGGGAAGAGGGGGGUUAUUCAUAUAAACAAGCUCUGAGAAGAGAAAUUAUAUGGCAAAGCAAUUUUUAGGGCUGAUAUAUUUUUUCAAUUAGUGGGUAACGUGUCAGAGAACUGUAAACAUAUAUAAAUAAAUAAAUGUUCGAGACUUUUAUGAUGUAUGCAUGUGUGCUGUGCAUCAAAAUGAGAUAUUAAAUAUAUACUCAUUAUAUGGCGCAGUGUAUCCAUUAUCCGUACAUACUGGGGUAUUAUUAUACACUGCAGUGUACCCAUUAUCAGUACAUACUCUGUAUUAUUAUACAGUGUAUCCAUUAUCAGUACAUACUUCGGUAUUAUUAUAUGGCGCGGGUGUAUCCAUGGUACAUAGUAUGUGUGCUAUGAUAUUUACUUGCGGUAUAUGUAUAAAUUACAUACACAGGAUUAUUAUACAGCGCAGUGUAUCCAUUAUCAGUACAUACUCAGUAUUAUUAUACAGCGCAGUGUGUCCAUUAUCAGUAUACUCAGUAUUAUUAUACAGCACUGGUAUGUCACUAUCCGUACAUACUCGGUAUUAUUAUACACUGCAGUGUACCCAUUAUCAGUACAUACUCUGUAUUAUUAUACAGCGCAGUGUAUCCAUUAUCAGUACAUACUCGGUAUUAUUAUAUAGCGCAGUGUAUCCAUAGCAGUACAUGCGCAGUGUAUCCAUUAUUAGUACAUACUCAGUAUUAUUAUACAGCGCAGUGUAUCCAUUAUCAGUACAUACACAGGAUUAUUAUACAGCGCAGUGUAUCCAUUAUCAGUACAUACUCAGUAUUAUUAUACAGCGCAGUGUGUCCAUUAUCAGUAUAUACUCAGUAUUAUUAUACAGCGCAGUGUAUCCACUAUCAGUACAUACUCAGUAUUAUUAUACAGCGCAGUGUAUCCAUUAUCAGUACAUACUCAGUAUUAUUAUACAGCGCAGUGUGUCCAUUAUCAGUAUAUACUAAGUAUUAUUAUACAGCGCAGUGUAUCCACUAUCAGUACAUACACAGGAUUAUUAUACAGCGCAGUGUAUCCACUAUCAGUACAUACACAGGAUUAUUAUACAGCGCAGUGUAUCCACUAUCAGUACAUACACAGGAUUAUUAUACAGCGCAGUGUAUCCAUUAUCAGUACAUACUCAGUAUUAUUAUACAGCGCAGUGUGUCCAUUAUCAGUACAUACUCAGUAUUAUUAUACAGCGCAGUGUAUCCACUAUCAGUAUAUACUCAGUAUUAUUAUACAGCGCAGUGUAUCCAUUAUCAGUGCAUACACAGGAUUAUUAUACAGCGCAGUGUGUCCAUUAUCAGUACAUACACAGGAUUAUUAUACAGCGCAGUGUGUCCAUUAUCAGUGCAUACUCAGUAUUAUACAGCGCAGUGUAUCCAUUAUCAGUACAUACACAGGAUUAUUAUACAGCGCAGUGUGUCCAUUAUCAGUACAUACUCAGUAUUAUACAGCGCAGUGUGUCCAUUAUCAGUACAUACUCAGUAUUAUUAUACAGCGCGGUGUGUCCAUUAUCAGUACAUACUCAGAAUUAUUAUACAGCGCAGUGUGUCCAUUAUCAGUACAUACUCACUAUUAUUAUACAGUGCAGUGUGUCCAUAAUCAGUAUAUACUCAGUAUUAUUAUACAGUGCAGUGUGUCCAUUAUCAGUACAUACUCAGUAUUAUUAUACAGCGCAGUGUGUCCAUUAUCAGUACAUACUCAGUAUUAUUAUACAGUGCAGUGUGUCCAUUAUCAGUACAUACUCAGUAUUAUUAUACAGCGCAGUGUGUCCAUUAUCAGUACAUACUCAGUAUUAUUAUACAGCGCAGUGUAUCCAUUAUCAGUACAUACACAGGAUUAUUAUACAGCGCAGUGUGUCCAUUAUCAGUACAUACACAGGAUUAUUAUACAGCGCAGUGUGUCCAUUAUCAGUAUAUACUCAGAAUUAUUAUAUAGCGCAGUGUAUCCAUUAUCAGUACAUACUUGGUAUUAUUAUACAGCGCAGGACAGAAUGGGAUUCUAUGUGCUUUUAACAAUUCCCUUUUAAGUGAAUUACCGAAGAUAACUGUUCUGGUUACCCCCGCUACAACUCAGUACAACUAUACAGCGCAGAUUAUUAGAGGAACACAUUAAGCACUAUAACCAUUACAGUCUGCGUUAGAGGUUAUGAUGCCAGGGGUAUCCUGCCAUCCUCCCAGUAUGCAAUCAAACUGACUAUUUAACUGGGGUCCGCCUUUCGCCUCCCCAGGAGCCUGGAAACUCCAGUAAAUAGAAUCCUUUAGCUCACAUGGUCUAGGUCCUUCUGUAGCUCUCUGCCAAUGAGCUGCGCUCCGCAUCACCCGGCUAGCUGAGUGCAGGGAGCUCCAGGGCUGCAGAGACUGGCGGACCCAAAGUAAGUUAACCUCCAUGACUCCUCUCCUGCAACUGUCAAAAAUUACCCACUAAACCCUCCAUUAAUACUUUUCUAACAACCUACCUCGUAGCCCUACCUCGUACCCCUACUUUUAGCCUUUGUGUACCCCACGUCCUCUAGCAUGUAAGCUCAAGGAGCAGGGCCCUCCACCCCUCUGUUCCUGUACGUCCAGUUGUCUGGUUACAAUUACAUGUCUGUUAGUCCACCCAUUGUACAGCGCUACAGAAUCUGAUGGCGCUAUAUAAAUAAUAAUAAAGUUGUCACUUUAUAUGGCUUGAUAACUUACACUGGCAAGGAAUCAGGGCACACCUGGCAUCAUAACCACUACUGAUGGCUCGAAUGCAAAAUUACUUAUAAAUACUAAAUAGUACUUUUAGAGUAUUGCAGCCGCCAUAGGGGAAUGCAGUUCUCUAUUUAUGUUUCCGUUAUGCAAUAGACAUAAUAUUACAUCUAGCAGAUAAAUUUGCUAAGUGCUGAUUGCCUACGGUAUACUGCCGGUAAGCUUUGAAAAUAUUUAUUUAACAUCUUGGCCAAAACAUUUGUUUAGUAGCGUGGCUCCAGCCAACCUGGAAGUCUCUGUAUGACUUAAUUCAGCCAUGUUUAAUCCUGUGCCGGGGUGGGUAUAUUCAUAGCUCAAUCUGAUCUGUGCAGUGUGACCUGGGUGUAUUGACUCCCUCAUUGGUGGGGGAAAAAACAGUCUAAUAGACUGCCCAAUAUGCUCCCUCAGAUGGGAGGUAGGUGGGCAUUAAGAAAGAGUUGCACUAUCACUUGGUUCAUAUCACUAUAAAUGGAAAUAUUGAAACAAGAACGGCAUAUACUACUAUAUUUAUUGAAGCCACAUCUGGCCCUAUUCCACAGGAAAAAAUACAAAGUUUAUUUGUAAUAUAUAACAUGAUUGAGCUUACGAAGCCGAACUGACAUUUGUAUUUCAUUUCCCCGUGAGACAGGGCCAUAUGUGACUGAAUAAAUAAUGUUUUACCUACAUAUCUUGCUUUGGUGCCCGUUCUUCAAUAUUUCCAUGUAUAUUGCGGUGAGGAAGUGGCCCUACGGAGUAACGGAAAUCCAGGAGAUUGCUCAGUGUGGUGCAGUUAGCGUACUAAUUGGGUUAGUCUCACAGCUUGCGGAUACUCACAUCACGCGCAUGCAUAAAGUAGUAUUCUCUAUUUCUGAAGGAGAAACAUUAGAUUCCAUGCUUUUCUUUCGGAAUGAUGUAUUUGGUGGGGCACGGUGAUUGAUAGAAGGUGGUGGCUUUUAAAUUCGCAUACAAUAUUUUUCAUUGUUUGAUUUUGUACAAAUUUGGCUCAGUCACCCAUUUUAAGGAUAUCCACCACGAACCCCACAGUUGGAAAAAAAAAACCAGUGUGUUAUCUACUAGACUGUAAUGUGGCCGAAGUGAACCUCUGCUGAAAUAAAUUGCUUAAAGGGACACUAUAGUCACCAGAACAACUACAACUUAUUGAAUUUGUUCUGAUGAGUAGAAUCAUUACCUGUAGGCUUUUUGCUGUAAACACAGUCUUUUCAGAGAAAAUGCAGUGUUUACAUUACAGCCUAGUGAUAACUUCACUGGCCACUCCUUAGAUGGCUGUUAGAGAUCCUUCCUGGGUCAUGGCUGCCUAAAAUGCAUCCAAACAUUCAGUGUCUCCUCCCUCUGCACGCAGACACUGAACUUUCCUCAUAGAGAUACAUUGAUUCAAAUUAUCUCUAUGAGGAGAUGCUGAUCGGCCAGUGCUGUUUGAAUCAUGCUAGCUCUGCCCCUGAUCUGCCUCUUUGUCAGUCUCAGCCAAUCCUAUGGGGAAGCAUUGAUUGGAUCAGGCUACCACUUCUGAUGAUGUCAGCAGACUGCUUGUUUUUCUGAGUGAAACAGCAUGCAGAGUUACAGCUUCAGGCUUGAAUACAGUAAGAUUUUGCUAUAUUUAUGGAGGCAUGAGGGGCACAGGGGGGCUAGAUGUUUGUUUUAACACUAUAGGGUCAGGAAUACAUGUUUGUGUUCCUGACCCUAUAGUGAUCCUUUAAUAAAAAGUAUUUUAAUAAGUAAUUCCGAUUUUCCCACAUUCUCUCAUUCACCCAAUGGACAUACAAUUCAUGAUGGUUGCCGUCAAACUGAACAGAUGCCAUCUCUACUUUGUAAUAAUUUAGCUAAUAUUACUAUAAUGUGAUUUUUAAAGGAAGAUAAUAAAUACCGUUUUAGAUGUAUUAUAAAGAAUACUUUCACACAAUGAACUAACAAUCAGUGGGCAGCUCAGAAAGUUGGCUGAAUUUACUUUGAACACUGACUAUUUUGAAAUAUUGCCUAUUUUUUAUGAACCUUAUCCGGUGGUUUUCCAGUUAAGACUUUAUAUUGUGUAUAUAAAAAAACAACAACAAACCAAACAUGAUCUGGCUUCUCUUUUUCCAUUGAGCAAGCCAGGAAAACAUUUGCAAAGCUCUGCUUACAUUAUUUACAUAUAAAACAAACUAUGAAAAUAUGAAAUCAGGUUGUCAAUGAGUGAGCUUCUUGUGUUUGCACAUGUUUGAUAGAAAGAAUGGCCGGGGUCAGAUUUUGGAUGAUGGUGUUGAAUGAACAUUUUAAAAAAAAAUUUAAUUUUAUUACUAGCCCAGUCCAACCUUACUAGUCAUGUAGGGAAUAGACUGUUAAAUUGGGGGGUCCCCAGGAAUCUGUCAGCUAAGUGGGAUCUGCUCAUUGGCAGGGAUAUAGAAGGUACAGAGAGGGAGAUUGUACCUACUCCUGACCUGAUGCAUAAAUUGGGAAUCAUUGGGUUGGCAGCAAAUGGCCUUCGAUCUCCUUCUGCAUCUCGUUAAAUCGAAAUAGUCAGGUCCCUACUAUUCUCUCAUAACAAGGAAGGAGCCCAUUCUACUGUGUAGAGAGUUCACUAUAUAAGCUCCCUAGUGGUCUUAAUAUGGUUAGCUGUCUUCUCUAUAAUGUAUAUUUUUUAUUUAUUUUUUGUGUGUGAGUUGUGUUUUUUUUGUUUUGUGUGUGUGUGUGUGUGUGUGUCUGGGAUGACUGAGAGAUGGAAGUUUGAUAUAUAAUUCCCAUUCCCUCUGUUGCAAUAAAUGGAUCCGUGGAUUAGGGGAUAGGAGUUGGAGUUGGUCCUUUGAAUUUUCCACAGUUUACUACUUAUUGGCUAAAUCUCUCAGAGGGGUUUUAGCACUAAAAAGUGAAUUUAAUUUGAAUUUAAUUGAGCAUAUAAGAUUAUAUAUUUUAUUUUCAGGUAUGUAUGUAUUUAAAACAAAAUAAAUAACUAAGACAAUUUUUAUUGCAUUUUCCAUUUCUUAUGUUUUCCAAAAUAAAAUAAUCCCAUUUUGGAAGUCUGAGCUAAAUUUACCAUUUAGUAUAUAUUUCUGCUUUAUAUAUUCAGAAAAAUCUGUUUUAAUUUCCAAGAGGUAAGUGAGGCCAUUUCCAAUAACCGGCCUAUGUGCACAGCGGUGACAUUCAGAGUCCUCGACCCCGUGUACUCGCAGGAGAGAGAGCAGGUAACCGGUAACAGCAUAGUUUAUCCAAGGACAUAUAGAUUAUUAGUGAAACCAGAUAUUCAUUCAUAGCCAGUGCACCUGCCUUUUAUCUCUCAUUUUGUUAAGGAAAUCAAAACUGAUGCUCAGAGAGAAGAUUUAAGGAUCACUAUAGUGUCAGAAAUACAAACGUGGAUUUCUGACACCAUAGUGCUGAUGUGACUGUUUAGUUACCUGGCCCCCCGGAUCAUAGGAAAGCAUUUGGAGGCUAUUGCCGCAUUGCGCCAAUCCGCAUCUCCUCAUAGAUUUAUUGACUCCAUGCAUUUUCAGGGGGAACAUGCCACACCUCCAUGCAGAGCGUGGAGACGCUGAGCACCAGUGCUGAAGCACUUGUAGUGACCAUCUGAGUAACUGCCACUAAAGGUGUUACAAGGCAGCAAUGUAAACAUUGUAAUUUCUCUGUAAAGGCAGUAUUUUUAACAUUAAAAUAUCUGCAUGGACUCACUAUACACACCAGAACAGCUGCAUUAAGCUCCAGUGCUUCUGGUGACUAUAGUGUCACUUUUUAAAAUAACACUCAAAGCAUUAUAACGGCUACAGACCAUUGUAUGGGUUAUGGCUUCCCCCCCCGCCCCCCACCCUUCACCCUAUUGUAAGUAGCCAAUUCCUUGACUUGUGGGAUUUGCCAGCUGCCUCUCUCUGCCUACACACCAGCAGGAAGCUCUCGGCUCCGAGGUAAGCCUGGUGUUACAGGUGACCUUAACAAAUAGUUUCACUACUUACAUUGGUGGAGCUAUUGCACUCCUGGCACCAUAACCACUGUGGCACACAGUGCUACUUAGUGUUCCUUUUUAAGGAGUAAUCACAAAAUGGGACUCUACAAACUUUAAAGACUCAUACCACCAUAUCCUUUUGAGGCAUUGACAAAUGCAAAAAAUAAAGAUUCUUAGUGAGGUUCCUGUAUUUGCUGCACAUCCCUAGGAGUUGUAGCUUCUGCAGUGAGUUUUCAAAAGUUCUGGACGUGGCUGAGCGAUUUCAGCCAAUCAUGAUGCUAGUGUUCUAGACUUCAUGGAACGUGUAUAUUUCUCCUCUUGGUUAAGAGGCUCCUAUUACACUGCAUAUUUUACAACUAGUAGUAAUGUCUUAGUAUGUAUCCAAAUACAGGGCAGUGUGUUAUUACAGUGGGCCUGUUACUGAAAAUACGACCUGGAUGUUAAUUCACCUUUGGCUCCGAUGCUACAUCUAUGUACAGACAAAAUGUAAUGUUGUAUCUCUAGAAUCAAUGCUUUCUAUACUGUUGGCCGGGCUGCACUGUGACGCUGGUUGCAGGUAGACUGACAGGGGUAUAUUGACAGGUCCCGUGACCUGGUAAUGAAUGGAGCUUUGUGAGUCUGACAGCUGAUUUAGAAAGAAUUACAAACCGGAGUAUCGCAGUGAACCUCUCUGCAUUGCUCCCAUUCUUUUCAAUGGUAUUGGGAUGCUCAGGGUGAUGUCAGACUAAUUGUUUUGCUGACCAGAAUGCCACUUGCUAGUCCGGGCUCUGGCCUUUAAACGGAUCAUAUGACAAGGGUUACUGUGCAGCCCUUGUUCCCUUUGUGUGACUCAAUGCAAAUAAUUUAUUUAUCUGACAGUUACCCUCUACACACCCUCUGCGCAACUAGAAUUUAUUUUUUUGUCUAAAUUUUAGACUAUAAUAUUUUUUUUUUUUUUUUUUAAAAGAUACAUUUACACAUACCUGUACUGAAUGUUUUAGACUCAAACAUUCUGUACAGGUAUGUGUAAAUAUGUUUUUUAAAUAUGAAAGCAAACUUAAAAAAAUUAAAUUAGAUUCACCAAGAAAUAAGCAUGAACUAAUAAGUUUUAAGGUUCACUUUAAAAAGUUAAAUAAAAUGUCAACGUAAAAGUGCAGGUCAGUGUAGUGACUGUAUAUACCAUUUAUAAUACAGCUUGUUGUGGCAGCAGGAUUAGUUGUUUCAUCUGGCUGAGAAUGAUGAGUUAUAGUAAAUGGCACCUUGAUGCCCUUCUAUUCCUAACCACAAUGGCAAGUAAAAUGGCCCUAUUAUGGAAAUGUCUGUAAUAACGUUACACCGUUAAUGCGGCAUUGGUACGGUGUCAGGAGAUACAGAUAUCUCCCUAUAGGAGGAUCGCCUACUAUGCCAAUAAGUGGUAGUAGGGACAUUUUUAUUCCACUCUAAUUCUUUAUUACUAGUUCUACCACUGACAUAACUCCCAACAUUUCACAUAGAGGGACAUCUUAAUUUUAUGGGUGCGAGGGAAUGGACCCCAAACAGACUGUCCCUCCUAAAUAGGAACCCUUGGAAGGUAUGCUGCGAGCAAAAUUAAAGUCACACUCCAUGCACCAAAACAACUUUACUCUAGAUGAAAUUGUUAUGAUGCCAUGAGGCCCCUGGAGGCACUCUUACCUCAAGGGGUUAAACCGUUUUCGGCGGUUUAACCCCAAAGAUGCCUCCAGUGCAGAUCUAAUCUCCUCCCCAAGCGGUAAGUGAAUUAUCACUUACCGGAAGCGCGGAAUACAGCCAGCAUUAGGCGCCUCUGACUGCUGUCAGCCAAUUAGUGACUCCCCAUUCACUAAAUUGGCUUGCAAAGAAAUGUAACUUUUGCAAGCCAGUUUAGUGACCUUUGAGCCAAUAAGCAGUGCCCAGCAGCACUCUAUGCUUCCUGUAAGUGAAAAUUCAGAAGCCGGAUUCCACCUGGGGAAGAGUGGAGUCGGCACUGGAGGCAUCAUUGGGGUUUAACUACUUAAACUGUUUAACCCCUUGAGGUAAGUGCUUCUGGAGGACUCCUGGCACCAUAACAACGUAACUUAGUCUAAGUUGUUUUAGUGCCUGGAGUGUCCAUUUAAUGCACUUGUUUUGUGAUUUUUUUUUUAUUUUUUUUUCUUGUGUGUUCCAGAACAGAUACAUUUUAAACCGUAACAAUUUUAAAUGUAUACUUUUUUUUUUUUUGCAAUUUGUUAGCAUAUGUUUUUAUUACAUUUCCCAAACACAGUCAUAUUUGACACAAAAGGUGCACUUUAAUCAGGAACACUAAAAAAAAAAAAGCAUCUGGGCUACAGCAUGGAUUGAAUAUAAAUGUAGGCGUUUUUGAACGUGUUCUUGAUCUACAAUGCGAUGUGGCAUUCCUACGUGGAAUAUCGUUGCAGAAAUCUGGGGAACGAGCAACAAUUCUGUCUCAAGGAAUUACAUCUCAGGCCCUGCUGCUGUUGGACUACCCUUCCUAUAUAUCCCAGCCAGGCAUUAGAAUUGGAGUUCAAUAUCACUGAAUGUUUAUUUCGCUUACAUUCUGACUAGCCUGUAGACUUGGUCUCAUGGUGAGGUCACACCACUAUUAAACCAGAAUUCUAAGGAAAUUAUUUCAAAAUCUAAAAUUUUGAGGUUGUGAUCUCAAUGCAACCCUGUAGAGCCAGGAAUCGAGCUUUAUAAGGAGUUUUUAUAGUUUUUAAAGGAUUCCAUGAUAGACUGCAGAUUUUUAAGGACAGUUGCGGUUAGAAGGGAUGGGCUGUAUGCCUGGAAACCUGCGCCAUAGCUGUGUUGGCUUGUGUGGGAUCAAGAUUCAACGGUAGAACAAGUGGUUAACGUUAAGACAAUGAACAAUGUUAUGUUUAUAAUUUAUUUCUGGAAAAUAUAAUCCGAAAGAAAAACAUGGAAAGAUUAAUAGCAGAGGCAACCGUCCAGAUUUUGCGACACUCAGGCCUCCAUCUUUUUUUAGCGUGACCCAGAACCAUAGGUGUUAAAUCAAUCUCCCUGCGUUUGGCUGUAAUUUUCCCAUGCUACAGUGACCUCAGGAUAUCACCCUGUUCAUAGUCUGCUGCAGCUUUUCAGGAAAUGAGGGAUUGUUGGGUUAGGGAGGAGAGUUUAAAAGCAGCCUGAACUGUUAUUAAAAUAGCUUAUGUUUUACACAAAAAGACCUUUGUAUGCUGGGAUAAUCACACAUGAGAAAUCUAAAGAUCAAACUCUGUAAGAAAGUAGCUUCCAAGUGGCUGUAGACUAGAAGCCUGGUUAGAGGCUGACCUGUUCUGUGAUCCAUAGUUCGUUCCUUCAGUAUUGACGAAUUUCUGGAGGUUUAUUCACUAGACAAUGAUCUGUACAGAGUUCCAAAAUCUUCAACUUGGUUAAGUUGUCAUUUUGACUGUAUCCUUCUUCCAUUUUAGUUUUUUUCUUUAAAGGCUUAUCUGUCUAUUGUUCCCACGGUUUAUUUAAACCUUUGUUAGUCUUUAGUUUAUUUUUAAAUUAAGGUUUUAAUCCACCAAACUCUCGUAACUGUGGCCCUAUCUAAAUUUCUUCCCUUAUUAGCAGGGUCCAGUCGUGGUCCACCUGCCGUGGAGAUGUCCAUCAGCUAUCCUCCAUGUCUUCAGUUUAGGACUGCACAUAGAAUGCUAUAAUUUCUAGUCUAAAAAAAUAAUGAAAAAUAUUAGUAAGGAUCAUCACAUAAUCCAGAGAGAAGUCACAAUGGCGGGGUCAGGGGCAAUUCUUUGUUGGGCAAUGCAAAAAUGUGUGUUUUUUUUGUUUUUUCAGGAAAAAGAGUAAAACUAGUUUUGUUUUGUUUUUUGAAGCUCAGCUAUAUUUGAGCAACAGACACUUGUGAUGGAGGUUGAGACGACGGCUUUGAUGGUGUCCACGGGCGCCUCACUUGUCUUUAGUGCCCCACAUUAACAGGUUGUGAGAGGGGACUGAGUUACACUUUUCAUGUUUUGAUGGUAGUCUAUAGGACGUAGAGUUACAAAAUAUUUAGGUUGUUACAGAGUGGCAAUUGUUUUUGUCUGACAGCAUUAUUUCCGUUUUUAACGAAGACCAGACAACAAAAUGGACAAUAAAGACUCAUGUUGGCUGUGUUUUUUACACUAAAAGUUAAUGAAGGUGAUCUAAGAGAGAAGCCUUGUGAGUAGCAAAAGUUGCCCGUAACAAAGUACCACAACAGGUAGUUUUACGGCCUCAUUUGAAUAACCAUUUAAACCAUUCAUCAAAACUUAGCUUAAAGGCACAUUAAAGAGUUAGGAAUACAAACCUCUUAAUAUCACUGUCCCUAGUUAUAAAGCUGCCCCCCUUUCCUAUAUAUAUAUAUAUAUAUAUAUAUAUAUAUAUAUAUAAUCUCUUUUUUACUUAACUAUUUCUAGUGUUGAGGCUCCCUUAGCACGACUUUCAUUUCCUCCUCUUGCGACGUCAUGGAGGAUGCCUGGCCUUGUCUUUUAGUUUGACUGUUGGCUAAAUUCAAUAUUCACAUUACUCCAACAUGCUUAAAGUGGCUGAAGGGGUAAAUAGAUGUUUGCAAAGGCCCCUGAUGGUGAAAUUGCUGCUUAUGGUGCGGUAGCGGAGGUGAGAUACUUACCUGAUACUGUCCAGUGUGGGCGCCAAAUAUAAUUUCUGCUUUACCUCGGUGCUGUAGCCUUGUCCAUGCACAGAAGUACAACACUGAUGUCUGUGAAGGAUCCCGCGAGCGUCCAUAGAUAUUGUCUAGCGAUCAGCGAGGUGAUGCGUUUUUCACAGCUGUCAUAGUGGCUGUUUGGGGAUUUGACUGACUUGACAGCGGUAGUCGCUCUAAAUUGGCACAGUCACGUUUCCACUUUGGACGUGUUUCCAAGGACAUGGUACUAUAGAUCAAUAAUGGCUAACUGUGGAAUGCAGAUAUAUAGGAAUUAUAUUUACUCUCAAUACUGACUGAGAGUAAUGGGUAUUGUGGUUCCCAUACAUCGACAUUAGAUUAGUACUUCUUUUAUACUCCGCUAUACAUUAAUGGCCUCAAAACACAAUCUGGGUUAUCCUGGUAAGCUGGAUUUGGUUUCCAGAAACCAUCUGUGGUUCAGGAUAUUUUGUAGCCCAAAGCGUCCUUACCAGCUGUUUAAACUGGGUCCAAUUGAUUAUUCCCCAUUAAAACAAACUUUAGAGCACUUUUUUUUUUUUUUUUUUUUUUUUGGGGCGCAAACAUAACAUGCUUUAUAACUGUUUGGAAUAAUACAGACUUUUCUGAAACUACUUGUAAAUCUAAACAUGUUGCCCAAAACAAUAUUUGGGCAGAAGUGCACUCAGAUGUUGAGAUGGUGUCUAAAUAUGUGCGGUUAUUUACUAAAAUGAAAACGAGGGAUGGCAAACAUGAAAUCACAAUAACCACUUUGGAAACUUGCGGAGUUGGCGAAUAUUUUCUGUUUAAUUUAUUUUUUUUCCUAAAAUUUACAACGCUUGUCAUUUCCGUACUGUUAACUGUGCUAGUGCAUCAUCCUAGAGUACGUACAUCCAUUAUUUCAGAUAACCGACACUUUAUUACCAUUCACCUGGCCGUCACUGUCAAUGGACCAGUUCAAACAUCCUUCAGUAAAUGCUGGCGUCACAGUUAUGAUGGAGGCUUGCAGUGCUACCUAUAUGUAAAUAACCCACUGUUCAAGGGUUUCAUGCUGUGUCGUGACUCUAGUUAACAAUAAGUGUUUUUAUUAUUAUUUAUGACGAUAUUUGUUUUAGAUCUCACUUGUGUAGCCAUCUAGGUAGGCUUGCCUUAGUCUAUUCGCUGCUUUUUCGCAGGCAUAUUUUUGCCUUCCUAGAAAUUACAUUAAAGGAACACUACUGGCAUAUAAAUUAAGUUGUUAUGGUGCCAGGAGGCCCCUGGGUGCAUGCUUACCUUCACGGGUUAAACCGUUCUCGAAUGAUUGAACACCAAAGUUUCCAGAGCCCCAUUUUUAGCUCCCCAUCUCCCCUCAGCAGUAUCCGGCUUAUGGUUUAACCUCUGAAGGCAAGAGUGCAUCUGGGCACCUCCAGACAUCAUAACCACUUAAUUUAGAUGAAAUUGUUAUGAGGCCUAAACUGUCCCUUUAAACCAGACAAUGCGAAGGAUCAGUAAUGAACUCCUAUUCUUAAAUCUUCUAUCUACUUCUCUAACUGAUAGAUUGUAGCUAUGUUCUGUGUAUUGGGUAUCUGUAGUGCUGCAUAGAUUUUUAGAUAUUUACCAGAUGUAUUUCAGCACUGGAGGAGCAGAGAGAUAAUGCCUUAAAGGAACACUAUAGUCACCUAAAUUACUUUACCUAAAUAAAGCAGUUUUAGUGUAUAGAUCAUUCCCCUGCAAUUUCACUGCUCAAUUCACUGUCAUUUAGGAGUUAAAUCACUUUGUUUCUGUCUAACCCCUUAAGGACGGAGCCAAAUGUAUACAAAUGAAACAAAAUGUAAACAAAACCUGGCAUUUGCGCUACAUGUCUGUCCAACCGUAAUUCACCUCUUUGAUAGUAAAUGCACCCACCCUUAUUAUAUAUCAUUUUAUUCAGGGGAAACAGGGCAUUCAUUUAAUAUCUAGCUAUGAAACAUAAUUUAAUAUGAAAAAAAUGGGAGAAAAUAAGAAUUUUUUUUUUUUUUUUUUUUUGUUCUACAUGACAUUUUAACUGUCAAUGUCAUAAUACUGUUUGCUUUUACUGCAAUAAGAUACACAUAUUUGUAUUCAGCAAAGUCUCACGUGUAAAAGAGUACCCCCUAUGUACAGGUUUUAUGGUGUUUUGGGAAGUUACAGGGUCAAAUAUAGCACAUUACAUUUGAAAUUGAAAUUCGCCAGAUAGGUUACGUUGCCUUUGAGACUGUAUAGUAGCCCAGGAAUGAAAUUUACACCCAUAAUGGCAUAUCAUUUGCAAUAGUAGACAACCCAAGGUAUUGCAAAUGGGGUAUGUCCAGUCUUUUUUAGUAGCCAUUUGGUCACAAACACUGGCCAAAGUUAGCGUUAGUAUUUGUGUGUGAAAAAUGCAAAAAACGCCAAUUUUGGCCAGUGUUUGUGACUAAGUGGCUACUAAAAAAGACUGGACAUACCCUGUUUGCAAUACCUUGGGUUAUAUUUGACGCUGUAACUUGUGAAAACACCAUAAAACCUGUACAUGAGGGGUACUGUUGUACUCGGGAGACUUCGCUGAACACAAAUAUUUGUGUUUCAAAACAGUAAAAAGUAUCGCAGCAAUAAUAUCGUCCGUGUAAGUGCUGUUUGUGCGUGAAAAAUGCAAAAAACUUCACUUUUACUGGCGAUAUCAUCGUUGUAAUACAUUCUACUGUUUUGAAACACUAAUAUUUGUAUUCAGCGAAGUCCCCCGAGUAGAACAGUACCCCCCAUGUACAGGUUUUAUGGUGUCUUGGAAAGUUAUAGGGUUAAAUAUAGUGCUAGCAAAUUAAAUUCCCUUUACUUUUGGCAUGGGUUGUCAGGCAGGUCCCGCUAAUUGUAAUUAAUUAAGAUACCCAAUUAUGUAAAAUGAUUACAUAAAUAUAUGUAGAAUUAAUAUAUGUGUAUAUAAUAUAAUUUUUUUAAAAUAUUUUUAUAUAUAUAUAUAUAGUGAUUUCAUUAUACGUGUAUUUUGAUAUAAAUAUAUUAAUAUCACAAAACAGUUAGAACGAAAUAACACACAUCUAAAUAUUUUGAAAUUAUUUAAAAAAAAAAAUUUAUUUUAUUUUUUUAACGUAUUUACAAAUUUUUUGUGUGUGUGUGUGUGUGUGUGUGUAUGUGUGUAUGUAUGUAUGUAUGUAUGUAUGUAUGUGUAUAUAUAUAUAUAUAUAUAUAUAUAUAUAAAUUUAUGUAUAUAUUAUUUUUUUUUAAAUUUAAUUUUAAUUUUUUUUUUCAGCCAGCAGGGGGACCACCUGUCAUUACAGGCAGCCCCCCUGCUGGCAAUACAGGAGGCAGCUAUCCCGGCCAUGUGAUUGUGAGUUCCUCGCAAGGACCUCACUCUCUCAUGGCCGGGGGGCUUCCAGGGGGUCGGACGUGCCGCGGGGGGCUCCCUGGGAGUCCCCCCAACUGCGAUCGCCGGCGACCGGGUUAGUACAGAAAGACCGGAGGGCGUACUAUUACACCCGGUGGCGUUUAGAGCCGCUUAAAAUAGGGCGUAAUAGUAUGCCCUCUGGUCUUAAGGGGUUAAGCAGCCCUAGUCACACAUCUCCUGGCUAUGAUUGACAUAGCCUGCAUAAAAAAAAAAACUGGUUUCACUUUCAAACGGAUGUAAUUUACCUUAAAUAAUUGGAUCUCAAUCUCUAAAUUGAACUUUAAUCACAUACAGGGUCUAGCAAGCUUUUAACAUAGCAGGGGAUAAGAAAAUCUUAAUUGAACAGAACUUGCAAUAAAGAAAUCCUAAAUAGGGCUCUCUAUACAGGAAGUGUUUAUGGAAGGCUGUGCAAGUCACAUGCAAGGAGGUGUGACUAGGGUUUAUAAACAAAGGGAUUUAACUCCUAAAUGGCAGAGGAUUGAGCAGUGAAGCUGAAUGUUCUAUACACCAAAACUGCUUCAUUAAGCUAAAGUUGUUCAGGUGACUAUAGUGUCCCUUUAAAUAUCGGAACCCUCAAACUGGUUCAUUUAGACUAUGUUGAUAUUGAAUAAGGAUACAAUAGCUGUCUGGUAUCAUUCCUGCUAUACCAGGCAAUGCAGCUCCUUGGAGAUCUCCCAUUUACUUUCUUCUACUGGAGGAGGGUUAUGAUCUAAAUAGAUGGGAUUUCUGUAGGUUCUGUGUAGGCGAAGGAAAAACCUGCGGAUUGGAAUUGAGGGAAAGGAACAAAGAUCACACACUGCCGAGAACGUCUGGAAAAUAUGGCGCACACAGGUUUGUGACAACUGGAAAGGUCGUUGGAGACUCGGAGGAUCUGUGCAAGAACCAGAAAAAACUGGUAAUUCAGACAUUGUAAACAACGAGGAGGAAAAACUUAAAGGGGCCCUAUAGUUACCAAAACAACUUUAUCUUAUUGAAGCGGUGUUGCCGUAUACAUCAUGCCUCUACAGUCUCACUGCUCAAUUAUCUGCCAUUUAUGAGUUUAAUCCCUUUUUUUUUUUUUUCUGUUUAUGCAGCCCUUGCCACACCUCCCCUGACUCUGACAAAGCCUGCAUGGAAAAAGAAACUGGUUUUAUUUUCAAUCAGAUGUGUUUAGGGAGGCUGUGUAAGUCACAUGCAGGGAGGUGGGACUAGAGCUGGAUAAACAAAGUGAUUUAACUCCUAAAUGGCAGAGAAUUGAGCGGUGAGACGGAAGGGGCAUGAUCUAUACACCAAAACUGCUUAAUUAAAGGGAUACUAUAAUAUUAGGAAUACCAACCUGUAUUGCUAACACUCUAGCUCCCUCGCGGUCCCUCCUCUGCCAAUAAAGGGUUAAAAAUUAGGCCCUACCCAUAGAAAAGCAUUGCAUCAGUUAAAUCCCCACAGGAAGAGAAAAGGAUGUCGAAGUGCCUCUAGUGGCUGUCUCAUUAAAACUGCAAUUAUUUACAUUGCAGCACUAUGUGUGACAUGGACACAGACCGCAGACCACAUCAAAUAGCUGAAGUGUUCUAGGUGUCUCUAGUGUCCCUUUACAUGAUUAAUAUGAUUAAUUAACAUGCAAAUAAAUAGGAAUGUGACUUAAAAUGGGAAUAUAAAUGGAACAGACUUUUUCAUCACAGCAAUUAGAUAAAAUUAUGAGUGGUGACACUUAUUGUCUCUAUGCCGAGUAAAGAUUUUAUACAGAGUACUUUCAGAAUUUUUAUCAAACUGAUCUUUAGGAUAUCUUAGAUUAAUUAUUCACCAAUCAGUGUUGUGCAUCCUGAAUUUAUUAGGCAUUUUUUUCGGAACCUGACGAUGUUUACAUAAUGGGCUACAAAAACUGUGUCCGCCUCACUCGACAAACCUUUGCUUUACCUUGCUCUCUUCUGUUGAAACUACACAACUAGUUGAUUUUGAUGGCUUUCCAGCUGGGAUUUGUAGUCAUAGCCAUUGUACCUCUAUUGCUGCUCUCCUGUAUUGUUGUUGUAUAACUUUACAAUUCAUCACCAUUAAGGAAGCAGACAUUGUCCGUAAACUUUUUUUUUUUUUUUUUCUCUCGAAGGCCAUGCCUGAUUCCAACUUCAAUGGAGAUCUGAACUUUCAAGAUUUAUUUUUUUUGCUGUGUGUGACCAAAUAAAUUAUUAUAUAUAAAAAAUUAUUAUUAUUAUUUUUUUUUUUUUUUAAAGGAAAGAAAUCUAUAAUUGCUAGGGAGGACACAGUUCAUUAGUCCAAGAACAUUACCGAUGGCGUAUCGCUGUAAGCCAGCUGAAAGGAUUAGCACAUAUUAGUUAUGCAGCAGGCUGCUGUCAUGGUAGCAAAUAUUUACUCCAGGUGAAUGGGUAGGCCUUGUGUGCAGGUUUAUUUAAGGAGAGAAAGAAGGUUUAUACGAGUUUACGCUUCUAUUUUUUUUUUAUUUAUUUUUUUUCCAUCGCCUGUGUACACAUUGAAGGAACAGCAGGGGUAAAAAUGUCAAUAACGCUUUAAUACACAGCUGUGCCAAUAACUAAGCUCAUAACAUGUCCAAAAGUGUGAUCUGUCCGUUAAUGAAUUGCAAUUUCUUCCGGGCUUGGCACCGUCUGAAGUUCCAUGAGUGCACCGGCUCUUUUUGGGCCAUAUGGCAUUGGAGAAUAUCCCUUCUCUGCCGGAGAUACUCGCAGGAGGGCACGUCUGUUAUAUACAUAGUAAGACACAUCUGGAUUAUACGGCCUCGACCCAGAGUUUGGUUUGUUUUUUAUUUUUAUUUAUAAUUUUUUUUUUUUUUAUUAUUCUCCUACCCUUUCAUUCGUGUUGCAUUAUGUGAAAUAAUCCAUUCGUAUUCUGUCUUGUGACGUAAGCUUCUAAUUGUAGAUUCCUCAUUUAGUAAUGAACGCAUCUGUAAGCUGCUCCCUGGUAAGUUUGAAAACCACAUCCUCCACUACAGAAAUAAACACAAAACCAACUGGUUUCAGUAUCUGUUUAUUUAAAGGGCACAUGAAAAGUUUCCCUAUUUCUAUUUGUGUCAUUUAACAAUUUUUUAUUUUUAUUUUUUUUUUAAAUUAAAUUCAGGAUCUAUUAGUUAAAGAUAUUACAUUUCAACAUAAUACAUAAAACUACAUAUAUCCAGGUUUCAUGUUAAAAACUGCAGACGUAGGAGCAAAUCUAGAAACAUUGAUUGUAGAUAUGGUCUAGUUAUAAGGAGAAACUAGGUUGGGUUUAGAUUUUUAGGAACAUGUUCUAACAGAUAUUUCAAAGGGCUACCUCCCGUUCUAUCUUGUACCAGGGAAUGCCCAUCACAGGUGCUGAUAUACCGGUGAGGUGACUGCAAAGUUCUUGUCAACCACAGCCUCCAUUACAGCCUUCAAUGGAAGAGCUACAGGCAGAAGGGGGCCCCGGCUGUGCCUGAUGCUAGCUGUCUAAUGGGAAUUAUGGCAUUGCACAAAAGGUCAUGUCUGCCACAGGAAAAUCAUAAUGGAGGAUUAAAAAAAAAAAUGAAAAAGCAAAAUUAGUGCAUAUUCAUUAUAGCUAAACUGGUAUCAGUAAUGGUAACAGGAUAAAUCAGUUGCAAUAUUUUGACGCCACUAUACGACUCAAAUUCUUAAUUGGUUAGUGAUACUAUAAUGUGUUUUUUAACACUUACAUUUGUAGACAAAACAUGCCAAAAAAAACCAAACAAAUGACAAGUUUGGUUCAAAGAGUUUUCACGUCAUAGUUUUUUGUGAAUGAAUCCGUAGACCAGAUAAACUUGAUGCCUUUGUAGACCUAUUGCAUGCUAGUGUGGUUAAAUAUGGGGCCACAAUCAGUGAAACCACCCAAUCUCUCUAUAUGUCAAAGCCAAAGUGGGAUUAGAAGAAGGUCAGAUGGCAUUGUCGAAUCCCAGGGGACUAUUUUUUUCAGUUUUUGCAUACAGGCAGCAUAUAUCCGACGGCUGUCCGCCACCAUAGCGCUAGGUUUGCCUCGGCUGUCCGCCACCAUGGUGCUUGGUUUGCCUCGGCUGUCCGCCACCAUGGCGCUAGGUUUGCCUCGGCUGUCCGCCACCAUGGCGCUAGGUUUGCCUCGGCUGUCCGCCACCAUGGCGCUAGGUUUGCCUUGGCUGUCCACCACCAUGGUGCUAGGUUUGCCUCGGCUGUCCGCCACCAUGGUGCAAUGUUUGCCUAGCUAUAAUCCACCUGUCCAGGAUCCCAUGAGAUGGCAAGGCGAGAGAUCAUUACCCCCCUUUUUUCAACAGAGUAGUUGGACACUAAAGACUUUAUCGUUUAAAGUUGAGAGUAGACUUUUGAUCAUAAAGAAAACAAAAGGGAUGUGUCAAAUAUAGGAUGAUGGUAUGGGCGUUUUUGUGUCAGACUCCUAGUGAUGUACAGCAAGCAUGUCAAACAUGCGGCUCACAACGAGUAUUUUUGCCCUUGGGCCGAUUUGUGCUGUGGACCACCAGCGGGCCGCGGCCCAUCACAUGCUCCUGCGAUGGGCCGCAAGAGGGCAAAACAUUAUUCCACGUUGGCCACCGGAUAUGCGCAUACAGCAUAUGGAGUCAUAUCCGGCGGCAGCGCUACAGUGCCCCGAAUGGCUGGAUGCUUGCAGAGCAGGCCAGCCACUGCCCCUUCCCUGCUGCUUGCAGUGCCAGAACAGCGUGUGGCCUGCUUGAGUAGAGAAGAGAGGGGUUGGACUGGAAGACAGCUUAAGGUAGGGGAAGAGGGGGGGUUGGGGGAACAUUCCUGUAGUGAAGUGUAUUAAAUUGGGAGGUGGGGCAGAGUAUUACAUUGGGGGGAGGUGGCUGGGCGGCAGGAGGCUGUGUAUUCGAUUGGAAGGGGAGGCAUAGUAAGUAACUUUAAGUGAAGCUUUUAAGUGUAAAAAUAAACAUAUAACAUAAAUAUAAAAAAAAAUUAUAUAUUGUUUACAUGAGAAUGAUACAAGUCAUUUUAAUUUGUGUUGGUCUAGGUCAACUUUUUAUAUAUAUAUAUAUAUAUAAUUUUUUUAUUUUUUUUAUUUGGCCCGUGUUAGCCUUAGAGUUUGACAUGCUUGGUUUACAGAGUCUGCUGAGACUUGUCCAUUGCAUGUCUUCAGCUGGACAUUGCUUAGAAGGAUGCAAAUGAAGAUACACUGUGUCCAUUUUCCAUAAAUCCUCACAAAACUAUUUAUUUUCAGUUCUUAAUCUGCACGACCUAUAGAUUGAUUUAUUUAAAUUCUUUAUUUUUGUUGUGCAAAGGUUUGACAGGCAAGCGUUUCAUGCUACACACAGUAAAUACAAACAUUUCAAGAAGCAAAAGACUGGCUUACAAUAAAACUGCAUUUUUAGGUAAUAAACAGGCUGAUACUGUUCUCUUAUUGCCAGACAUUAUUUGUAAGAGUAGUUAAAACAUACUAUGCAGGCCGACAUUAGUUUGGGCACGAAGCAGAAAAUAGUGUCACGUUCAACUGUAGUGCUGGGUGCUGUUCUCGGUGUAAUGGUAUAGAGAAAUAUAGAUUAUGAUGAUGAGUAGCCUUGCACGCCCUCUACAAGCUAAGAUAUUUCUGCAGUAGCAGGGGAACGUCUACUAAGUAGGCUGACAUGGCCUAUACCAGUGAUGGUGAACCUUUUUGAGCCCGAGUGCCCAAACUGCAAUACAUGCCAACUUUUUUUUUCCUUAAAGUGCCAACACGGCAAUUAAACCUCAAUACUGAGGUUUAAGUUUAGAAAUAACAACUCGUACUGUUGUCCGAACUAAAUAACAACUUUUGUUUUAAAAGAACACAACAACAGAGCGUUCAAUGAUACAAAUUUUAAAUAAUGAUAUAAAUAGAUAAAAUUAAGCUUAUAUUUAUUAGUAUCUCCAACAAAUGCAAUACAUACACACACACACACACACACACACACACACAGUCCGCUGAAUACACACACUGCUGAGUACACACACAUACACACACAGACUGCUGAAUACACGCACACACAGACUGCUGAAUACACACACAUACUGUAUUGAGGGGUGUAGUGUAUGUGCUGUCUGUGAUGGUUGCAGUGUGUGUGAGGGGUACUGUGUGUGUCUGUGAUGGUUGCUGUGUGUGUGGGGGGUGGUGUGUGGGGUGCUGUGUGUGUGAGGGGUGCUGGGCGGGGGUAAGGGUGCUGUGCUGUGGGGGUAGAGCUGCUGUGUGUGUGAGUGGGGGGGGGCUGCUGUGUGUGGUGGGGGCAGGGGCGCCUGAGCAUUUGGCACCAGGCGGAUCCUGUGCUUGGCACCCCUCCCCCCAACCCCCCUCCCAAAAAAACCUGUAAAUGUUAAAGGUUUUAUUUCUUUUAUUUUUACAAUUUGUAAACUUUGCAAAACCGCUGUCAGCCCCUCCUACAAAACCCUUGUCCUGCCCUGCCCCUCCUACAAAACCUCUGUCCUGCCCCUUCUACAAAUCCUGUACUGCCCCAUCUACAAAACCCCCGCAACCCCUUCCACAAAUCCCCUGCUUAUCCCCCCUUAUAAAGACUCCUGUCCCAAUACAAAACCCCCACCCCCUUCUACAAAAUCCCUGCAGCCCCACACACACAUUUACAGGCAGACAGUCACACACUCAGUUACAGACAGACAGUCACACACUCAGUUACAGGCAGACAGUCACACACAGUCACAGGCAGACAGUCACACAUACACAUUUCCUCCGUGCGGCCAGUUUAUCAGCUGUUUGCUUGUGUGAGCUGUACUGGCCGCACGGCACCCUAACUACCAUGGGACACUGUGCGGCCACAGCUCACACAGCCCCCUCCAGCCAGGGCCGGUACAAGGAUUUUUGCCGCCCUAGGCAAAAGUAAAGUUUGCCGCCCCCCAUGUGACAUCACAAUGCCCCACCCAUAUGAUUUGCCAUGUUAACUAACGCCAGUGCUGCAGUGCCGCUGUGUUUACAUUAAAAGGCCUGCAGGGACAGGCUAUAGACACCAGAACCACUACAUUAAGCUGAAGUGGUUCUGGGGACUAUAGUGUUUCUUUAAUGUGAGGUAAAUUAGAGCUUAGUGCCACAAAUAAUAUACUAGAUUGCCUACUUACAACCAGAUGAGGAUGAUGAUGGGCUCUAGCUGCAGUCUGGCUCCACUGGUCUGGUGCAGAACAGGCUCUCUGGAGGCGGUUUGUAACUGUGGUCACAAAAAUCAAUGUUCUGGGAGAACGGGAAGCAGCUCCAUUUUUUGGGGUCCUUUACACAGCUCAAGGUCUGGGUCCCAGGGUCCACCUUCAUGUUCCACCAAUGAGUUUGUUCACAGGGGGUGGAGUGUGUAGGGAUGUCCUGAUAUGUGUGUAAGGAAUGCAUUGUGUGAAAUUGUGUUUGUAUGUGUAAGGACUGCAAGGUGUGUUUCUGUGUAUGUAUGGGAUGCAUUGAAUGUGUGUAAGGGUGCAUUGAGUGUGUGUAAUGAAUGCAUUGUGUGUUUCUGUGUGUGUAAGGGAUGCAUUGUGUGUAACGGUUGCAUUGCUUGUGUAUGUGUGUCUGUGUGUUUUUCUGUGUGCAAGGGGUGCAUUGUGUGUAUGUGAUGAAUGUCAAUCUCUCCUCCCGCUCCAAUUUCCUUCUCCUCCUCCCAAUUUCUCUUUCUCCUCCUCUCUCACCCCCGCUCCUCUCUUUUCUCUCACCCCCCCUUAUUUCUCUCUUCUCACCCCCCCUUAUUCUCUCUUUCUCACCCCCCUUAUUUCUCUUUCUCUUUCUCCCCCUAUUUCUUUUCACUUCCCCUUAUUUCUCUUUCUCACCCCCCUUAUUUCUCUCACCCCCCUUAUUUCUCUUUCUCACCCCCUUAUUUCUCUUUUCUCACCCCCUUAUUUCUCUUUCUCACUUAUUUCUCUUUCUCACCCCUAUUUCUCUUUCUCACCCCCUUAUUUCUUCUCUUUUCCUCACCCCUUAUUUCUCUUUCUCCUUUAUUUCUUUCUCACUUUUAUUUCUUUUCUCACCCCUAUUUCUCUUUCUCACCCCUUAUCUUCUCACCCCUAUUUCUUUUCUCACCCCUCUCUCAUCUCUCUUUCUCACCCCCUAUUUCUUUUCUCACCCCUCUCUUUUCUCUCUACCCCUUAUUUCUCUUUCUCACCCCUCUCUCACCCCCCCAUUAUUCUCUCUCUCACCCCCCCUUACUUUCUCCCCUCCCCCUUAUUUCUCCCCCUCCCCCUACCUCCCUGUAGCGUGGCCGAGCCCAGUAUAGCCGGCGGGUACAGGGAGCUUUUGUUUCCUGUACCCGGCCGGACUAACAGGAAGUGCACACUCAGUGUUCACUUCCUGUUAGUCCGGCCGGGUACAGGAGACAGCUGCUCUCUGUACCCGUCGGACCAUGCUGCAGUGAGGGAGCUGACAGGAGCGCUCCCUCCUGUCAGCCUCUCCUCAGGCUGCGCCCGGGCGGUGCGGUCCGCCCUCAUGGACGCACCGCCCAGGCAAAGCUGCAGCCGCCUGAUGCUCUAUACAGAGCGCUCGGGCGGCUGCAGCUGGGGGGGACCGGGGGGGCUGGCCAUGGCACCCCCCACCCUGGUGGCACCCGGGGCGGACCGCCCCCCCCGCCCCCCCCUUAGUACGCCACUGAAUAAAUAUAAAAAAAAAAUUGAGAAUGAUACAAGUCAUUUUAGUUUGUGUUGGUCUAGGUCAACGUUUUAAAUAUUUUUUUUUUAUUUGGCCCCUGUUAACCUUAGAGUUUGACAUGCUUGGUUUACAGAGUCUACUGAGACUUGUCCAUUGCAUAUCUUGCUGUGUGGGUGGGGGGGAGGUGGGCUGGGUGUUGGGGAUGGGUGGGGAGCUGGGGUAGGGGUACUGUGUGUGGGGGGUAGGGUGUGUGGGGGUGUGUGUGUGUGUGUGUGUGUGUGUGUGUGUGUGUGUGGGGGGCUGGGGUAAAGGUGUUUAAAAAAAAAAGUAUGCUAAAUCAGUAUUUUCCCCCUCCCUCCUUCUUACCUUUAAUGAAGGAGGGGGGGUCACAGCCAUCCCUGGUGGUCUGGUGGUGGCAAGCACUGUUUCUGUGUCGGGAGGCAGGGGGAGGGAUCUGUGAAGCAGCUGCCCUGUCCUCCUGCACGAUGCUGUGUGGAGCAUUGCCAUGGUAAAGCUCCACACAGCUUGCUCGCGGGAGGACAGGGGAGCUGCUUCCUUGAUCCCUUCCCCUGCCUCCUGACACGGAAGCAGAGUAGGCGCCUGCCGUUUUGGGCAGGCAGGUGCCUACUCUGCAUUGAUGGCGAACCUAUGGCUGUGUGCCCACUGAAAGGGCCCGGCAUGCCACCUGUGGCACGCGUGCCACAGGUUCGCCAUCACUGGCCUAUACUGCCGUAAAGAUGGAUUAUAAAGGUGUAUAUUAAGGUGACCAUGAGCUAUUCACAGGGCAGGUUUAACUGAUUAGGGGUAAAAUUAAGCUAAUAUGAUAUUAGAUAAGCUCUGGGCUGCAUCCGUAUUGGAAAACAUUUAGAGGGAGAGAGAGUAUGCCAGGAGGUUGAUUGUAUAAGGCAAUGUCAGACAUGGGGCAUAAUAUGCCAUGAGGACAGACUUGGUAUGGGAUUGCUCAGCCAAUGCCCAUUAGUGGUGGGCUGCCAACCCUGGGGUCAUGAGUACACCUUUCUGCAUGCACGGACACCACCAGCCCCAAAGUCCUGUGCACUCCUUCGCUAUGUCCACCAGCAAGUAGCAGUCGAUUAGCUGGACCAUGGCCUCUGGGCCUUCUUGGCGCUUGUGAGUGGUGCUGCCUGUUGUGACCCUUCCGACAGGGCAGUAUGCAAGCGUGGAUUCGUCCCCUUCUGGAGCACCGCUCGGUGGAGCAGCGGCUGUACGGUAAGGCAGGUUUGCGGCAAUGUGGUGCUGCUUUACAUCCUGAGGUCCGGAGAGACCGCUGGUAAGUCAGACGGUGGGGUGGGCGCCUCUACAUACAGGGCACCGACCUUAUGCUGGCUCAAUGAGCUGCUGCUUCAGCUUAAUUUACUAGUGGGGCGGGUGAGUUACAGGCUGUGGGUCUGUGUUCUAGGCACCAGCAGAGGUCUUGACAGAUCCUAUUGAACCUGGCCUCAAAGCACUCUGUCCAGGUCUGCAGGCUCACUUGAGGAUGUGGCUUGGUGGCCAUUUUGGUUUCGGCAUGCAGUCAUUCCAGCCAGAUACUCUCCUGCUGUAGGUUUGAAGGUUUCUCCAACGGGGACCGGUAUGACCCUCACCGGUCCAGAGAGGGUUGCGGGGUAUCGGAAAAGUUGCUGCUCGGCAUGGUCCCCAUGUCGGGAGAUUGGCCGUCUCUCCCAGCCAUUAGCCCGCCUGUCAUGCUAGGCCACAUGUGUAGAGUGUGGUGAAUCUCAACAGGAAGGCACGGGGCCGGUAUCCACGAGCCCCCACUCAAUGCAGCAACGAGCCACCGUUAUGCUGCUCUGUAAAAACCAUGGUUAUGGCGAAUAAUAGUCGCGCUUAAGCUUAGUUGUGCCAGAGCUCUCUGCAAGCACGUCAGACCUGCCCCCAUUUAUGAAUUUUAAAGAAUUAUGUCCUUCUCUAUCAAUUUUGUUUUCAACUUUAAAAGUGUCCAAAAUGUCUUUUUUACAUAGAACUGAAAUAAGUAAUCUGUUUUACACAAACACUUCCAAAAGUAAAUCUUUAGCAAGGAGAGUAAACCUGAUUUGGAUCAUAAUUUAAGAUUUUUAUAACUUCCUGUUUGUGUGUGUGUCCUCCUGAGAAUUAAGAAAUAAAAUGCCUUCAUAAUGUCAAAGUCUCAGAUUAGUUUUCUCACAUUCCACUUGGCUACAGAAAUAAAUUGGUCACAAACCGAUAACCUGUGUAGUGCUGGAUAUUUAUGUAAAAAGAAAAAGAUAACGUAUUGCAAGGGAUGAUGAUGGAAUGCUUCCCUCUCCCAAAGUGAGAUUACAAACUCAAAAGCCAGAAACACAUCAUCAAGCCAACAGGGCGCCUCAGAGCCUGGCGGGGACCCAGGUAAGCAGGGAAACCGUUUUCUCCCAUUACUAGAGAACUUGGCUGUGGUACUCCUCACGUCAUGACCACCAGAGCGGGCUCUAAUGAUUAUGAUGCUUGAGUAACCCUUUAAACCUGACUUGUAUAAGCACUUGGAUGCCAGCAGGUUUUGUGAACCGUGUAUAGAAACUUCUUAAACUGGGAAAAAUAUUUACAACUGGCGUACUCACCAUUCUAACUUUCUAUAUAGCAUUUAGCCCUUCUCUUAGAACAGGUCUUGGGUCUACACCUUCGUACUGAUCCAGAACUCUAAAUCUCAGUGGAACUGAUGUUUUGGGUUAAAGUGGGAAGCAUGUCUAUAAUCAUGCUCUAGUGGAAAAUUGGGCUUCUGAGGGCAUAGUUUAGGCAAUUUUAUGAAGGUAUUCCUCUUAUUACACAGAAUGUUUGAUUAGAAUAUCCAGCAAUGAGGUUGAAUGGAAAUCUCAUGGGGAAACAAGACCAAGUUCCCAAACGUAUCACUUUUGAAGCCCCUUGUGCUUCUCUUUUGCCCCAUCUCCUAGUCCAUGAAAAUGGUAGCCAAUUCGGUUUCUCUCCUGGGUGUUUUGGAUAAUGUUGCCACUUAACAAUUUUGUUUUUUCAGGACACUCAUUCACUCUGGAUUCUAUCAAGUAUAGUUUGAAAGUGCUGUCUGGUAUGUUGAAUUGAUGCUGCCAAUGAAAUCUCUAAUAAGAGACCAAUGCAAGUACCAUAACCACUAGAGCUUUAUGAGAGAAUACAGAAUAUUAUAAUGGAGUUGCAUCCAUAUAUCUGAUACUCCUGGGAUCUCCCUCUCAUUGUCACGGUGUAUUAACCCAACACGCAGAGUUUAGGAUAGCAAGGGACAAGACUAGGAAAUAACGUAUUACUGGGCCUUAGAAUGGCCGGACUAAACAUUAGACAGAGAAAAAGCGUAAUCAGAGACGAGCAGAGGUCAGGGUGACAGCGAAAAACAAGAACUAGCCAGAGUCAGGUACAUGGUAAUCAGUCAGAUGGGCAAACAAGACAGGAAAGGGUUAAAGAUAAACUCAGUCAGAUACAAAGCCAAGGUCAAUACCAGAAUAAAUACAAUAGAUCAAGGAACGCACUGAAACAGAAACCAUGAUAGGGCAAAGUGGAUAGGGCUACGGAAGUUUAAAUAUCCUUAACUAACAUUUGAUUGGCCCACAUCAUGCCUACUCCCCCAAAAUGUGGGGGUGCCAGAAUGACGUGGGCCAAUGGGAGCCUAAAUCUACUUUUGGUUCCCACUGCCCCUUUAAAAGCGCGCUCGUGACGCGAGUCGCGCUCAUAGUGCCAGGCGGGCAGUGUGACCGCUCAUUGUAACACUCAUAGACCUUGAUCGCAUUCUUGUAAUAGUUAUCGAUAAGUUGAGUUGAUGAUCUCUUUACGAUAUUGAUAAGAUCAAAGUCACAUACUUUUCAAUUUGACAUUGUAAAAAAAGUUCUAUGCUUUGUUUCAUAGUAAAUAAAAAAACAAGUCGGUUAUACUUUCAAUUUGGGUUACUCUGCUUUCAAAUCUGGUCUUCACAUUGAAUUCUCACUUAAAUAAAUAACCAUGAUAAUGUUGUCCUUCAAGAACCCAGAAGAACACUCCAAAGGAAUAAUAUGAUGGGUGGUUGUUUGUGGUUUUUUGUUUUUUUUUUAAACAAUUUUAGUAGAUAAACCUCCAAUGAAAACAUGCAUUUAAUUAUAUAUAUAUAUAUAUAAUAUAUUUUGCAUUGGGGUUGUAUCUAAAAUCAGCUUGCAAAAGCUGCCGAUCUCUUGUAAGCACUCAUCGCAGAAAUGAUGGUUUCUCGUUGAGAAGUCUCUGAAUUUUGAGCUGCUGGCUCAUGAGCGCACACACAAUUUCCCUAGGUUUAUCAGUGAGAUAGCUGGACAAGUCUAGGAUUCCUUGGAUAUAGGGAGAAACAGGCACCUGCUAACUGAAUUGGGGGGGCCUUUCGGCAAUUAUUUGUUAAAGUGCUGAUUUCAUAUAGAAUUCAGCACUUUUAUAAUCUGGAAUUAUAAUUGGCAUAACUUUAGUCUUAUUGGCUUCUUUUUUUUUUUUUUUUUAUGCACAGGGAGGGAGCGGGAAGCGUAAUGGUUUGCCAUUUUAUAGUGUUAAUGUAUUGAUUUCCUUCUGUGCUGGAGAAAGCCGACCAAACCCAUGUUUAGAACAUGCGCCGAACACUACAAACCUUUUCUCCUCCUCACUUUUCUGUAACCUUGUACAUGUAUCAGUGACCCUUCAAACAACCAAUAAGAAAAUCCAUUGGUCAACGUUGUAAUGACAUCAGGUAUAGUGGUAAAAUGUAUAAAUGACUGAAAAUAGCUCUGUAAUAGAGGGACUUUAUUUCAUGAUCUAUGGGGUCACCUCCAUCCUAGCUGUCUCUUUUGAAAAAUAACUGUUGUGCAUCCCUUUAGUAAGGCCCUGGAAAUCUACUGCCUACAGUAGUAUUUUAAGCUGGUGGGUGGACUUGGUGAAGACUUAAUACAUUUUAACUAUGUGUAUAUUUUCCUCCCCUGCCCUGUUUCAUGGUGCUUCCAGCAGCCUGCGCCCCUCUUGUUUUGGGAGAGGGCUUUCAGGCUAGUCUAAAAUGAUACGCUACUCUUAUGUAUCCAUGAGACCCACUCUUAUUUGCCAUUGUUCUCCACCCCUCCCCCUAUUAUAGAGUAAACAUUGUAUUUUGUUUGUAAACCUUCUGAUCAGUUCAUUAAAUCAGAAUGUGAAAAGAACUCCUUUUCCAGUGGGAUCCUGUUGCAUCUCAUCUACAAAGCUAGUCCUUGGAGACCAGCUCUGCUACGGUUGCGCUCAGAAGGGACCAACAACCAACGGGACAGAAUCUGAAUGUUCUAGUUAGGACCAGCCUUUCUAUUGCCAUUACAGGGACGGCUUGCAGAGUCUGGUAGAGUUGUGCGUUGUUGUAAGAACCUAAUUCAUAUAGUAUAGCUUUUUGUAAAAACCCAUUAUGCUCUUCCAAAACACAUACUGUUGGCUAUAACGAGGCCUGGCUCUGCUGUGUAAUGGGGGAAGGAGGGGAGAGAAAGGUGCACUGAUGACACAUGACUCCUUUCUGUGCAGUAAAAGAAAUGUAAAGCGUUGUGAACCCAUUUUAAAUGAUUUACAUGACUUUUUUUUUCUUUUUCUUUGGCUGGAGUAAGUCUGUGUUUUUGCCUGGCUGUAAGUACAAAGUCCUGGUUGACGUGUUGGUCCCGGAGGAAGGCAGGCUUCUUGUACAAUGCCUGAUUGUUUGGAGACAUUUUAAUUGAUGAAUGGAACAUUUGCCCAUGAUGAGGUGUGGGGGUUAUGACACUUCGUACACUUGCUUUUGUUCUGUGGCAGUUUUUACUGGUAUCGAGAGCACCGGCAGGCAUUUAUUUCGAAAACCUUGUUUAUCGUGGUUUUAAUGGCACAUUCAGCUUUCCAGGAACGUUUUAUAAGGUGCAAUAAGUAAUCUAUUAACGGUAUUUCAGUGAUUGGGAAUGCUAAGUGCUUACAAGUCCAUAACAUCAGAAGGGAACGCUCUGCGGCAGGGACCAGGGCCAGACAUCUGUUCCAUUCCCAUAAAAUAGAGGUGUUUUUGAAAACUGGGCACGCUGACUUUUUGCAUCAAAUAUUCGACAUCGAUUUGGAAUACGCCUGUUUUAGGCCUACACUGCCAAUCAUGGGAGAUGAGGUGCAAUGUGUUAAAGCCCAGAGCUCUCCUCCUUUUCGACCAGUCCCUCGUACGUUUGACCUCCCUAACUGGAUACUUUGUGAGAGGUGGGGGCCCCAUGACGGGGGAACAGGUUCCAGCACUAAAAUGGGCCGUGACUAUGGGAAUACUUUGAAGCUAUAGGCCACUUGUAGAGACAUGUGGAAUUGGAAAGCUCUGUAUUCUAACCAUCGUGGUUUACCAAACAUUAUGUAUUGUAUUGCACAAUUAAAGAUUGAAUGUUCCCCUCUUGUACCAUGAGAAUCUUCAACAUAUUAAUCCAAGUUCCUGUGUCCCCAUUCACCGGGUAUAGCAGCACAAUUGCUUUUUAUACAUGUUCUCAGAGUCUUAAAUAUUAUCUUAUUAACUCGCAGUUUUAACAGUAUGACAAUCUGGAGUCUCAUUAAAGGACAAGUCUCAUAAAAGUUUAACUCUUCAGUUUAUUACUUUUAAUGAAACUUCACGAAAAUGUCAAGUUUUUAUCUGGCUGAGCAAUCAUGUUGGGUCAGAUUCUGCUAUCUGAACUGCUGUUAUUUACACAGACUGAUUUUCUAAACACAUUUAUUGUAGUUUAAAGACACAUUACUGGGAGUAUUAUUGCUGUGGAGCUCCGUUAUACACUCAGACACAUUACUAGGAGUAUUAUUGCCGUGGAGCUCUGUUAUACACUCAGACACAUUACUAGGAGUAUUAUUGCUGUGGAGCUCUGUUAUACACUCAGACACAUUACUGGGAGUAUUAUUGCUGUAGGGCUCUGUUAUACCCUCAGACACAUUACUGGGAGUAUUAUUACUGUGGAGCUCUGUUAUACACUCAGACACAUUACUGGGAGUAUUAUUGCUGUGGAGCUCUGUUAUACACUCAGACACAUUACUGGGAGUAUUAUUGCUGUGGAGCUCUGUUAUACCCUCAGACACAUUACUGGGAGUAUUAUUGCUGUGGAACUCUGUUAUACACUCAGACACACCAACAAUAUGGUGCUUCUAGAAAAGAGGGACAUUAGGAUAGAAAAUAGGCACAGAGGGUUUUGGGCCCAAAAUAAGGACUGUCCCUCCUAAAUCGGGACACUUGGGAGGUAUGCACUGGUAUAAAAGGCUCCAGUAAAUGUUCCAUGUAUAUCUGUCAUCUAAAUUGAAUCAUUAUGUAAGUGUUAGUCUGCUAGUGGUGUAUUUUCAGUGUGAAAAACAACCCAUAGAGGGGAAAAAAUAAAAAAUACGCUAUAGCAAAAAUGCAACCCACAUGUAGAAAUUAAACAGAAAUACAGAAAACUGUCCAACCACAAAAUCAUUUCAGAUCUAUAAAGGUUUCAUUAAAACUACACUGCUUUUUCAGCUGUGCAAAUGGUUUCAAGGUCCUAUAACAGAGGGACUUUCUGCUGACUCGAAGCAGCUUUGUGGCCCACUAGUGCGAUGCAGAUUUACUACAUAAUACAGAGCAGGUCUGCCUUAUAUAGUGAUACAGGUUUAUUCACAACACUCACAAUGUAUCGGCACUUAUGGCUUCCAGGGUUCACUGGUGGGAAAACCUGGUUAGCCUGGGUUCUUGUGAUCCUUAUGAAAUCAAUGUAAAGUCAUUGUUUUAACUGUUCUUAGAGAAAUUCUGUAAGGUUAGGAAUACAUACGAGCACUUUUAACAUAAAUGUGUACUACUCCCUAAAUUUCAUUAAAAAAAAAUAAAUAAAAAAGAAGCUUUUUACUUACAUUUUUUCUAGCAUCUAGACUUUUUGUUUUCUUCCUCGAGGCUGUCUUCUUUGUCGUCUCAUCCAAUUCUAUGUCUGUUAUAGAGAAGCAUUGAGGACAGGGAGAGGCACCACACUCCUUCAAUUAAAUGCUUCUCAGCGUGAAGCAUUGAAUCCAAUGCCUCCCUCUAAGUAUUAGAGCAGGGUUCCCAAUUAAUUUUUCCCGUGGACCCCUUUGACUUAGUGUAUCAACAUCGUGGAACCCCCUCUCCCCACGUUUUUUGUAUGUGUUUGUGUGUGUGUGUGUGUAUGUUGGUGUGUAUGUAGCAUACAAACACAAACACUGGCACAUAGUGGCACACAGAUACACACAGUGUAUCUGUGUGUAUGUAUGUAUUUGACACACAGAUACACACACCUUGACACAGAUACAUACAUGCAUAUACACACUGUGUGUAUCUGUGUGUCAGAUACACACACACACACACACACACACACACACACCUCUACAUCUGUGUUUGUAUGUGUCUGUGUAUCAAGGUGUGUAUCUGUGUUUGUAUGGAUCUGACACACACACACACACACACACACACACACACAGUGUGUAUCUCUGUGUCAGUAUAUGUAUCCGAUAUACACACACAUUGGCACAUAGUGACACACAGAUAUACACACACACACCGUAAUAUAUACACACACUUGCACCCGCAGAUACACACAUUGACACAUACACACACAUUGACACAUACACACACUGACACACUCAGAUACACACGCACAUAGGCACAUACUGACAUACCAGACACUUAGAUACACACAGUGACACAAACCUUGACACACAGAUAACUACGAGGGAGCUGAGCAGGGAGAUCGUUGCUCCCUCACCGCCUGCACGCCAGCCGCUCAGAAGCCCCACAGGACCCUUGGGACUGCACGCCAGUCGCUCAGCAGCCCCACUGGACCCCAGGCACCGCACUGUCUCACUGACAAACACACAUAUACUCUUUGACAGACAUACAAACUCCCUAACAGACACACAUACAACUUAUUAUUUUUUUGUAAAUUUUACUACACCCAUCCUCCCUACCUUUGGGAGUGCUUUCAUGGAGUCUCUAUGUCCCUGUGGGCCUGCUGGUCUGAGCGUGCGGUGACUGGGGUCCAGUGGGGCUGCUGAGCGGUUGGCGUGCAGUUCCUAGGGUCCAGUGGGGCUGCUGAGCGGCUGGCGUUCAGGCGGCGAGGGAGCAGUGAUCUCCAUGCUCAGCUCCCUUGCGCGCCUCGUAGUAAUGUCAUAUUCCGGCAUCACUGCUGUGUGCAGAUCGCUGCUCCCUCGCCACCCGCGGCCAUUUUGUUUUUUUAAAUUUUAGCUGAACCCCAUUUGUGUUCUCGCGGAACACCAAUUGGGAAAUUCUGCAUUAGAGGACCUUAUGCAAAGUAUGAGGAAGUUGAAUGUCACAGAACAGAGUGUGAAGACAGCCACUAGAGGUGUGUUUUAGCCAUGCAAUGUAAACCUUGCUGUAUCUACAAAACUGCGUUAUUUUACAUUGCAGAACGAAAGGCAGGGUGCCUGUAGUUCCAAAAUGCUUGAUGACUCUCAUCCUGGGAGUAUAGUUCAAUAUGAACUGUGUAUCCCAUUAUUCCAUCCACAUUAAGGAAGGACCACCAUGCUUAUAGCUAAGUAUCUUCUCCAGCCUAGCCCUCUCAGGACAUGGAAUGUCUAACCACAGUAAAUGCCACCAAUGUGUUUAAUGGCUUAAGGUGUUAAUUGGAGGGAAGUAAAAAAAUAACCUUUGACUUGUCAAGCCGCUGUCCAAGCUCUGCUGAACAAUGAACUCACUAUAUAGGCAAAUAAUGUCAGAUCUCCUUAUAGUGGUAACAAUAUCCCAUUACUGGCAACCCAAAACAGCAACAUUUCAUCCAUGUCUCUAUCGAGCAGUCUUUAUUGCUUCAUAACAUUGCCGCUUUGGGUUACCAGUAAAGGCAUAUUGUUCCCACUAUAAGGAAUGAGUGGACAUUGUUUGCUUAUAUCUGGAUACUAUUCUGGACUUCUUGCACCCUUGAUUCAUACAAGGUGGAUCAUUGUUGUACAGUGAACUCAAGACACGUGACAUCAAUUGAUACGUACGUCAGGGCUCAACAAAUCCCAGACGCCCGGUCGCCAUGAUGACCAGGAAAUUUGUACUGGCGCCUGGGAUUUGUGAGCCUUUUAAGCCCCUGAGGUGACCGUCUGCCUGAGAGCAGAGGUGGGCAGUCGGCUCACGGAGGGCUUAGGCAGGCAGCUGACAGAGGGAUGGGGGCGUCCGGCUCAUGUAUUGCUGAGGGGGGUGGAGGCGGACGGCUAAUGGAGAGCUGAGGGAGGCAGGCAGCUGACUUAGGGCGGCAGCAAGAUAGGGAGCUUUAAUCUCCCUGCACUGCUCACUUGCGCGCCUUGCAGUGAUGCCGGGAUCUGGGUUACCUCCAAUCACAUGGGAAAGGUGUUUUUACUAACCCUUUUUCCCACGCCAUGCUGGUGACGCUGGGGCGGCCCGGCCUCCAUGGCUGAGAUCAUCAAACUUGAUCUCCGCCAAUGCAAUGCUUCCCCAUAGGAAAAUAUUGGGAGACAAUUGCGCAUGUGCGGCAAAAUGCCACUGCGCCAGUUUAACUUCUCAUAGAGAUGCAUUGAAUCCAUGCAUCCCUAUAGGGAUCAUUAAUGUAGGUGCUGCACAGUGUGAAGCACCACUAGAGGCCGUCUGAGUGACAGUCGCUAGAGGUGUCACCAGGCAGCAAUGUAAACGCUGCCUUCUAUCUGAAAAGUCAUUGUUUACAUUGAAAAGCGUUCAGGGACUGGAUAUAGACUUUCAAGCAAACUUGUCAAGCCCUGACGUACGUGUGAGAUGAUAUACUUGGUCCAUUUGGGGCCCAACACACCACGAUGGGGGGGUGGGGGAGGAAGGGGUUAAAUGAAAAAGUUUUAUUGACAACCAAUAGUAGGGAUUAAAAAGGAGAAAGCAUCCCUGGACUCCCUGCUAGGGGAUACACCCCGGACCCAUCUCAUAGCAUUCCGGUAUAUGCAAGUGACACACUUCUACAAUCGCAUGCGUGAUAAAGAGCGCCUACAUAGAGUCCCAACGUGGUUCGAGACACUGUGCGAGAGAGGCACUCCUAUGGUGAAAGCAAUAUCCAUAUUUUAUCAACACCUCUUAGUUGGACACCUCACGGAAAAUGAUACUUUCCGCAGACACUGGGAGACCAUGCUCAACACUACCUUCACACCCACGCAAUGGGAGACCGCCCUAAUCUGGCAACACAAGAGCUGCACUAGCUCACUCUAUCAGGAAACAAAUUACAAAAUAAUCGCGCUAUGGUACCGAACACCAGCCCUCCUCCAUAGGAUCUUCCCAUCAACCCCCCCGACCUGUUGGAGGUGCCAAGAGGAAGAGGGCACGAUGAUACACAUCUGGUGGGAGUGCAACACUCUUGCUCCCUUCUGGGAAAUGAUACGACAAAACAUAACCGAAGUCCUGGGAGAAAUACCCACAUGGACAGCAGCCUUGGCACUACUGCAUAUAUCACAACUGCCGAUAUCAAGGUAUAAAAAGUCGAUAUUACGCCAUUUACUCAACGCUGCCAGGGCUCUGAUCCCUAUAUAUUGGAAAAAGACAGAGACCCCCAGCGUGGAGGAGUGGAUUCGUAGGGUGGAGGGCAUUCAGGGGGCGGAGGCGAUGCAAGCAUCUCUACUGAGCAGGGGAGAUAAACAUGCAGAACUGUGGCGUCCGUGGUUUACAUUUAUAUCCAGGAUUCGAUAGGAUGAAUCGAGAGAGGCCUGCGGGGGGGGACCCGGGCCUUCGGGGCGAAGCCCUUAUCUCCUCUCAUAGCUAAAUACUCUACCCUUAAUCUUUUCCUUUCUUUUCUUUUCUUUUCUCUAUCACGACUCUAGUGACUACAAUCCAACCACUUUCCUUCCCAUAUACACACGCACACAACCAACUUAACAUAGACACGCCAUUGUCACAUACCCCGAGGAAAAAACAAACAAGACACACUACCAUUAGAGCUACAAAACACGGAUAUACAGUUAGAAGAGGUAGACCCACAAACAAACGCAUGGCACAAGGACAGACAAGGUAGCACGGAUAGGGUAAACAUGACUCCCCACCACCUACCACAAACACUUUACCAAAACAUAAGUUUAGCAAGUCCAUAGGUAUCUGACACGACGCAUAGCUACCUAAAAUAUACUGCAUACGACGUCAACCUUCAUAGGUUCCCACACCCACUACGAACACCCACAAAAAAGCUAGGGAGAGCUCGUGGCUGACCGAUCACGUAAUAUAAAUGCACUCUGAGGGGUAAAGACAGGAACUAUGUACUAGUUAAGCAAUAUAACCUGAAUGUUGGUUAUCUAGAUUGCCAUAAUGUUAAGUGGCAACGGAGUUGUUCUCAGGAACGAAUGUUAUGCUUGUGCCUUAUUUGAACAUAUUGCAGCAGAUACACACAGGUCGUACGUGACCUCAAUCUGCUGAACACUGAAUCGAAUAAGCUGUAUUACCAUUACUCUACCUAAUAAAAACAGAUUUACAAAAAAAAAAAAAGGAGAAAGCAUAAUGGGAACACUAUUUUAAGUGUAAUCAAAUACUGAGCAAACAAAUGCCAUGAAUCAAUGUUAAUUAUCCCCAAUGUGCAAAGGACAAGUUAUUGCAAUGCAAUGGUCGUGCCAUUGGGCAACCCAAAAAUACACAGGGAAAAGCACACAAAACAAUAGUGUGACUCUGGGAGAAUGGGGAAAAAUUAAUACAAUUCCACUUGAACGAAAAUUACACUUAAAACAAAUAAUAAACUGUUCCUGAGCUGGGGCCUCCAAAAAUAGUCUUGUGGCAUUUUAAAGAGCUAACCGUUUUCUUGUGGUGGGAAAACACAUACAUUUUGCUGUUUAAUGUAUAUAUUUACUUCAUUUCCAUUUUAAUUUUUUUUAAAUGCAGUAUUUGAUGCAUGGGUAAUGGGAAGUAGACGAGGAAUUUAUUUAUUUAUUUAUUUUUAUUUUUUUACCAAGUUGUGUGAAAGCCAAUGAUAAGAGUUUUUUCUGUUAGAAAUGGUAAGACCUCCUUAUUGUUGUAGAUUUCAUACAACCCGAGCGAUGAGGACGACAGCGAUGAUUGUGAAGGAGAAAAUCAGGAACUUGCACAAAUUGACAAAGGUAAGGUCAGGGCUGGAACAUUCAGAUACAAUACUGGGGUUUUCUGAUCUACUCUUCGUUUUUGUGGAUAUCUAUUAAAGGGACGCUAUGGUUACCAAAACAACUUUAGCUUAAUUAAGCCGUUUUAGUGUAUAGAUCAUGCCUCUGAAGUCUCACUGCUCAAUUAUCUGCCAUUAAGAAGUUACAUCACUUUGUUAAUGCAGCCCUAGCCACACCUCCCCUUGCUUUGACUGACACAACCUGCAUGAAAACAAAAUGGCUUAAUUUUCAAUCCUAACUCACUAUGGAAGUUUGUAUCUCCUACUCUGUAAAUUGAACUUUAAUGAUACACAGGAGGCUACUGCAAGGUCUAGGAAGCUAUUAGCAGUGCAGGAUAUAAGAGUUGAGCAGUGAGACUGCAGGGGCAUGAUCUACACACCAAAACUGCUUCAUUAAGGAAAAGUUGUUUUGGUGACUAAAGUGUUCCUUUAAUAUAUCGAUCUAUAAGGAGGCAUAAAUAAUGGUAAUAUUCAAACCAUGUCUUAAUUCUUUGGCUUUCUUACAUUUUUACCAAAACAUAGCUAGCAAAGCAUUUUGGAACAUGUAUCCCGACAAUUGGCAAGCCAUCACGGGUUGCUCUGCUCUAGGCAAUACUAACGCAGAAAUUGGAUGACUGCUUUUAAAAUGGGUCUUUUCUGGAACGUAUUUUCUAAACAGAAGUUGUAUGAAAAAUCUGACCAGACUAAUUUUUUAUACAAUUUGCAACUUUUUAUACAAUUUGCGACUAAUUUUUUAUACAACUUUGUAGAAUUGUAAUUAUUUGCCUUUGUUUUUCUAUCAGGUACUCUGCAUUUUGUAACUUUUUUUUUUUUUUUUUUUAAAUACAACAAUUUCAAAAAUCUGGUUUGUUUUUUUUUGUUUUUUUUUAAAUUGUAUCCCAUAAAGCGGCACUGACAUGCCAAACUUGCCUUUCCACAAUCGAUUCCUUUUCUCUCCCUCUCUUGGGAUCUGUUCUUCUUUUUUUUUUUUUUUCAUAUCUGAUCUAGUUUUCUUUAAAACCUAAAACAAAGUACGUAUUAGUUAGUCUUAUGUAUUUUUACGAUGAUUGACCAGCUCAAGUGGGUCCGAGAAAUGGUCCCACAAUACUCACCCAUUCCUCAGCGAUCUCAUGAUGCCACAAUUCACUAUCCCUGAUCGUCCUUUCAUUUAGACAGGGCGAUGGCGAAAUGACAGCAUUUCGUCCUAACAGAAUGAGAACAGUGUAGUGGACCCUGGGCAACCGGGCUGGCUGCCACUGCUAUUACUGAAUGAACUGACCCAUCUCUCUCCCAAUAACUGGACGACACAAAGUUCCAGGGGGUACCAACACAACUUCACUGACUACAUGCGACGUCAUACUUUCCCCAUGCAAGGGGUGUAUCACAGAUGAAGACAAUGUCCCCUCCCAGGGUCCUCCCCUGCCCGGGGGUUGUAUAAUGGAACCGGGACCCCAAUCCCUUGGUCCCUUGUUCCCGCCACUCAGUGUGCUAUCCCACUUCCAGGGAUUCCCCCACUUAUCCUCAGGGUUUCCCAUCUCGGUGGCCAGGGGGUCUUCAUCCCAUGAGCCUCUGUACCUGGGAGUCCCAGCGCGAGAAAGCUUACCGCCUCUGUGACUCCCAGCCACAGAGCCUGCCAAACCGCCAUUGUCCCCAAAAGUGUCCCCACCAAUCUCACGAACCCCUUCAAAUGGUAACUGCCUCCAUUCGUGGGGUCCCUGGGUGAAACCAGGCAAGGAAAGUGUCUCUGUUCUGGACACAAACGCUCCCCCUGGCCGCCACUCAUCUAUACAAACGGCGGCUGCCCAGGGAAGCUCUCAUUAAUUACUUCCCUUGCGGUUACACACUUAUGUUGUCAACUUUCUAAUUGGUUGGUGUGAACACUCCAAGGAGCACUAGGGAGGUCCCCGUUAGGGAACUGAACGGGGUGGAAAACAAUUUCACGAAUGCUCCCCCUAGAAGUCGUUCGUCUAACAAACGGGCCGCCACCCAGGGGCGGCACGCGCCGAGGCUUCCCUUGCAGGUUGUGGUUUUCACACCUUGUUACGAGGUGUGAACGUUCUAAGACAGCAUUCUAAAUGAGGGUUCUUGGUGGUCCCCGUGCGGGAGGUGAACGGAACCCGUUCGCAUUGACCCCUCGAACGGGGAGCAGGUAAAACAUACAAAUACAACACAAUACAGGGGAAAAAAACAGGGAAUAUCUCACAAAUUCACGAACAGGCAGCGGUCCCCCUACAAACAGUUUGUUCAUUCAUGUUAGGAUGACAUUUGGUACUUUUAGGUCGGUACGAAAUUUCAUUAGAAUGAAUAAAAUUUCAAUCCGUGCUGCGGCUGCAUCUUGCAGCAGCUUAGUAGACAGCUCCCUAAUUCCCAUGGUAUUGGGGAGCUGUCUACUAAAAGGCUGGAAGACCAAGAUGGGUCAUUCAGCCAACUUUACUAAUACUAAGUAAAAAUUACUAAACUAUUAGUACAUAAUCUGCCCCUACUCGCUAAAGACAAUAGGUCCCUACUCCCUGGGAGGACAAUAGGUCGUCCCCCCCCCCUCUCUUGUCACUGAGGACCCCCACCCGCCGCUCAUGGGUGGGGGCAUGGAGAGGGGAGACAAAAGGUCCCCCCCUUGUUACUUUUGGCCCACACCCGCUGCGUAUGGGUGGGGGCCAGAGGGGGGAAACAAUAGGUCCCCUCCACUUUUUACUUAGGGCCCCACCCGCCUCUCAUGGGUGGGGGCCGGGGGAGGGGGGACCGUUCCUUUGAAUAGCCUCCACUUGCGAGGCACGGGUACUAGGUCGCCGUUAAUUGAUUUGUAUGGUGGGGAGCUUAUUUUUUUUUUAGAACUGCUCACUGUUUAGUAGACAUGCCCCUACUCGUGGUAUAGCGAGUAGGGGCAUUUGGGAGAUUUUAAUCUCCCUCGUGCUAUUAUGUGGGUCAUAUUGACCCCCAUAGAGUGAGGGAGGAUAUGGGGGGCUUAGGAAGUGGCUGGGAGUACUGCUCCCUGACGCUUCUAUUUUUACAUAUUACAAGGUACUUCCCUCCUUGUAAUAAACUAAACGAACGAACACCGAUAUUUGGUGUUUGUUCGUUUUAAAUUUCUGUUCAUUUAUUUGUCUUUCUGACGAAUGAAUAGACUAAAUUCCUGUCCGAAUUUCGGACAAUAGCGGAUGCCCAAGAUUUUAACUAGGCAUGUGCUGGAAUUUCACAGUGCUAUCUAGUGUGGGCAAACAACGUGUCCCACAGGGACUUCAUCUGCCCACACAAAGGUGGCAGCACCCCUGACCUAGGUCCAGGCAAAAAAUAAAGAUGAAAAAAUAGAUAAUAUGGAGGAUUUGGGGGUGACUAGGGGGACAGUUAGAUGUAGUGGAGUCGGGAGGGGGGUUUAAAAAAACAAAACAACCAAAAUACUGGAUUCGGCCAUGACAGUGCCGCUUUAAAAGACAAAGUUUGCACUGUUGCCCCCACCAUAUUUAAUGCCUGAGGUUUUGUCAUAGUUCUACAAAUUGAAAUUGAAUUUUUUGGCUUGUGGUUUAUCUAAUGAAACAUUUUAAAAUUAAAUGAUCUCGGAGCGCUAAAUUGUAUUAUACAAGGUAUAUAAGAAUAAACCAAAUGUUACCAAUACACAAUUAAAAAUAAGUAGUAUAUUAAAUUGAUAUAUAUUAUCCAGCUACGACACUUCAGCGUGUUCCCUUCACCACACAGUAAAGAUAAUCAAAAUAAAUGUCAAGAAGUGGAGCGAUAUUUAGGUGAUCAGCCCCUAACCACAUGCAGCCAAAAUGAGAAAAUGAAGGAAUGAAUAUACUUAUACUUCUUAAUAAGUAGUAGUCACACACUCAAAGUCAUGUGUUGCAUAUGAAAAAAAGAAUUAGAAAUAAAAAUAGUGUAAAUCUGCAUAUAUAAUGUAUAAAUUGCACUUUUAUAUAUAGUGCUACUUAACAUAUAUGUUAUAUAGUAUACUUGAUGAAUUUAAUAGUAAAAUAAACAUUUAUUCACAAUAAAACAUUAAAAAUACAGAAUACAAAAUCAAUCAAAUUUGAAUAAAAAAGGUAAACAGAUAACUGCUUACUAGAAUUGAUGGUGAUGACAACUUUAGUUAAAUCAGGUGAGGUGUCGGUGUCUUAUAGUCCGGAUUGCGAGUUCAUCCACUGUGGUAGAAUCACCAUUCGAAACUCCCGGCUUCCACUCGGCUACUCGCACCUUAGGACAAUAGAGAAAGUUUGCAAUAUUUUUACAAGUGGCAAUAUACCUCUGCUACAAUGCUAUUGACUUUUUGUGUUUUUCCCUAUCUCUACAGAAUUAGGUAUUUAUACUGUGUAUUGUUAUGUUCCAAUUUUACAACUAUAAAAAAACAAAUAUGCUCAUUGUGUUCUAUUUUAAAGUGUGUGUGUGUGUGUGUGUGUGUGUGUGUGUGUAUAUAUAUAUAUAUUGCUGAUUUAAUAUAUUUUUAAAUGUAUAAAUUUGUUAAAAUAAGUUAGUGUUUUACAUAAAGUUUAUGAUGGUGCUAUGGAUUAUUAAAGUUGUCCUUUGCAACAAAAUAGCCUUCAUUAACAACGGAAAUUGCCCACUUAAUUAAACUAAUUUAGGGCUGAUUGCCCGUGCAUGGUUUGGCUAUAUGUAGAAUGUGAACUGCAUCAAUUAGAGAGACAUUCUGCCCUUUAAAAGCUUCGGGCAGCACGGAAGAAAACAGCCUCACGACGAAGCCGUCUGAGAACGGCAAAACGCGUAGACAACGUCAGCACGUACCUAAGGUGGGAGGAGCCGAGUGGAAUCCGGGAGUUUGGAAUGGUGAUUCUACCACAGUGGAUGAACUCGCAAUCCGGACUAUAAGACACCGAUACCUCACCUGAUUUAACUAAAGAGACUUCUCCCAGUGUGGGAAAGCGUGCUUGUGAGACACGGGUAAAUAUACCGUUGUCCUCACCGUCAAUUCUCGUAAGCAGUUAUCUGUUUACCUUUUUUAUUCAAAUUUGAUUGAUUUUUGUAUUCUGUAUUUUUAAUGUUUUAUUGUGAAUAAAUGUUUGUUUUACUAUUAAAUUCAUCAAGUAUACUAUAUAACAUAUAUGUUAAGUAGCACUAUAUAUAAAAGUGCAAUUUAUACAUUAUAAAUGCAGAUUUACAUUAUUUUAUUUCUAAAUCUUUUUUUCAUAUGCAACACAUGACUUUGAGCGGGUGACUACUAGUUAUUAAGAAGUAUAAGUAUAUUCAUUCCUUCAUUUUCUCAUUUUGGCUGCAUGUGGGAAGGGGCUGAUCACCUAAAUAUCGCUCCGCUUCUUGACAUUUAUUUUAAUGAAACAUUUGCUGUUAAAUACAAAAUUGUCUCCUCAUUAGAUUAUUAAAAUAUGCUAUUUAAAUGCCUGUACUGAAUAACUUCCGUACAGUUUGAGAAUAAUAUUCAUGUUAUCGAUAGAUCCUUCAGGUUAAAACCCUUUGAACUCAUAGGCUACUCUUGUCUCUUCUUUAUUUGUAUCAGAAAGAAGACGGAAUUGUAUCUUGACCCCACUGGCAACGAACCAGCAGCAGAACCAGGAAAACCAGUGCUGUAAAGUGCGUGCGCUGUUCCACCCCAUUCUUGACCGCCACAGCUCUGAGGAGGAGCUAGAACGAAUCAGUAGGGAAUUCGCCGCAGAAAAACGCAAAUGGUCGCAGGUCAGCAGACUAAGUUGCCAUAGUGACAACACAUCAUCUAGUGACGAGGAGGUGAAGCACCUUUGCGGGGUGUCCAUUAGGCCUGUAGAGCAGGCUGACGGCUUGUGUGGCAGUUCCAGUCCAGUUUUGUUCAGUGCCUCUCCACCGAAAAGACUGCAGUCACUGGCUAGAAACCCAAACUCUCGCCCUAUAAUAUUCACCAGCAUGGGGUCCAAUUUUGACCAAGGAAUGCCAUGUAAAAGACACAGACAAGGAUAUGGUGACAAGAUCAGCAGACCAAGUCUUGACUUGGAAAAGAUGCAACAGGUAGGUUACCAUUAUGUGCAAUGUCUGCAUAAUAUAUAUUUACAUUUGUAACCUGUAAAAUCGAGAUUGCCUUUUUGGCGAAAUCUCGGAUUUAUCAGCUUUCAUUAAUGUUUGUUUGUUUUUCUACAAUGCGUUACAUCAUUCCUUACAGGGUCAAUGACCCCAAACUCAGCAUCCAUAACUGCUGGGUUUAGUCCAAUUCCUGACUGCUCAGGUUAAACUGACCUGCAGUUCUCCGGUCAUUAGAGGUUAAAGAGAAGCUGUGACGAAGUAGUGUAGUUAAUCUUUUACUUUUUUUUUUUUUUAUAUGAUGGCUUUAUUUUUACUUUAUUAUUAAUUAAUAUAAUUUCACCUCUGACAUCACAACCACAGUCUACAAUGGCAGAAGUUAACUUUUACACUCCUCACUUAAACUGCGUCCGAGUAUAGACAGCUUGUGACUUGCUCUCUUGGUAGUUUGGGACAAGAUAAUUCCCAGUAAAGUCCAUGCGUCAUAAUUUGAGUUAAUAUAACAUUUGUUGCAAUGAUGGGAGGAUUCAUGGGUAAAUAAAUGAUAAAACAUAAAGGUUUGAACGUUAAUAUUUGAUGAGAUUGAUUUAAUUAUUUAAAAUGCAGGUGCCCAUUCUUCUUUGAGUUAGAAGUUAAUUGCUUUGUAACUUUUGCUUGUUGCUUAACAAUACCCUAUACCUCAAAACACUAAAACCUCAAUAUUAAAUAUAAUGGUUCCUCUUUAAACCUCUGUGGGACUGACCAGGACCCUUCUUCUACUCCCUAUACUAGUGAUGGCCAGCUCUGACAUGUUAAUAAAUAUCUGUGAAUUACAUUUUCCUAAUACCUGAAGGCUGACUGAGAAUCAUAGAAAAUAGAGUCCAGAAUCACCUGGGGUCAGAGGGGCUCUCUAAUUAGGUGGUUUAGGCGGCCGCUUGGGGCCUCGCGGCCGCCUAAACCACCUGUGGGCAGACUGUGUCAGGCCCUCGGUCAGUGACCAAGGACCUGACACCAAGAGGGGGCCUGGCGGCUUGCCCGGUAUGCCGAUGGAUGCGAGGCCCCUCCUGGCUGCCCGGCCACCAUCGCAGAUACCGGUCUGCAGCUCCGCAGUGAGCCCCCACCAUCACCCCAACCUCCCUCCCUCAUCAUCAGCCCCCACCAUCACCCCAAACUCCCUCCUUCAGCAUCACCCCCCUUCCUCACCAUCAGCCCCCACCAUCCCUUCCUCACCAUCAGCCCCAUCUCCCUCCCUCAGCUUCACCCCCCUCAUCACCUCAACCUUCCUCCCUCCUUCAGCAUCACCCCUCCGCCAUCCACCAUCACCUCAACCCCCCUCCCUCACCAUCAGCCCCCACCAUCACCCCAUUCAGCCCUCACCAUCACCAAUCACCACCCCCCCCCCCCCUCCUGUCCACCAUAACCCCAACCUCCCUCCCUCCUUCAGCAUCACCCCCUUCCUCACCAUCGGCCCCCCACCAUCACCCACCAUCACCCCUCCCUCAGCAUCAGCCCCUUCUCACCAUCAGCCCCACCAUCACCCCAACCUCCCUCCCUCCUUCAGCAUCACCCCCUGCCUCGCAUCCCCACCAUCACCCCAACCUCCCCCCUCUUUCAGCAUCCCCCCUCAGCCCACCAUCACCUCAACUUCCUCCUCACCCCGCUCCUCCCUCAGUUUUAUCCCCUCCCUCACCAUCAGCCCCCACCAUCACCUCAACCUGCCUCCCUCCUUCAGCAUCACCCUUCCUCACCAUCAGCCCCACCACCCACCCUCCGCAGCAUCAUCCACCCCUCCCGCGGCAGCUCCCCUCAGUUCACCCUCAUCCCAGCUCCCCUUCAUUCCAUCCCCCUCCCUCAGCAUCCACCUCACCAUAACCCCCCUCCUCACCAUCUCCCUCUCACCCCCCUCUCAUUUGCCCCCCCACCUCCCUCUCCCCCCCUCACCCUCACCCCCCCACCCCUCCCUCGCAUCACCCCUGCUCACAGAGACAUACAUUCACACACUCUCAGGCACAUACACAGGUAAACUGUGCAUCAAUGUGUAUAUGUGACAGUGUGCAUGUAUUGCAACUCUAUUUUUUUUCACUUUUUUGUUAGUGGGGCCUCAUGUUUGAGUUUCGCCUAAGGCCUCAUAAAGUCUAGAGCUGCCUCUGCCUGGGGUGCAAGGUGAGACCUCAUUGCCCUUAGCCACAGAUGGGAGUUGGAGUCCUGCCAGGGGAUUAUUUCUGCCUUUGCUAUGCCUGGGGUAUUUAUGGUAUGCACCGUGACAUUAUAAAAGGACUGUAGCUCAAAGCUCUGCUCCUGUAGUGAGACCUUUACCUGGUGGUCCAUCAAUUCGUGCCUCCCAACUUCUCCAUCCAGGAUCUCAGUUGGGGCUCAUGGUGACAGCCAGCUCUGUGAGUGCACAAAGUACUGUGACUGGUGAUAUGGCCUGAAACAGAGCCCUCUAGAACUUGCUACACAAUCCUGCAUGUGGUGUGUGGGAUGCAAAUUAUUGAUCAUCCCAACAUCAAUAAUUUGGUGUUUGGUAGGCGUGGAGCUUAUUCAAUACAUUGGGAGUGUGGACAACUGACAAAGAAAUUCCAAAAUGGAAAAAUGAUGAACAAUCAAUGGUUAUGGUUUUUAGCCUCAGCCUUUCUGGUCAAAAAUGUACCAUUCCACUGGCAGUUUCUGCAGCGCCCAAUUUAAUGAAUGAUCUUCUGUCUUCAACGGUGUUGAUUUAUGUAACUUAGUUUCCUGGGGCAGUACAGUGGCAAGACAUUGUAUUGUGGCGCAGAUGAGCUCAUGGCUUGUGCUAAAGACCUGUUACUCAACAGGCCUGUACAAAUAACAUAUCAUCCAUUGAGAUUUGAAGUAAGGAGAUUUCACAUAUGGGAGAGUAUUUUAUUUAUUUAUCUUUAUUGUUCUUACUGGGAAAAAAAAGAUACAAAAUUAACUGCCUAACUAUUCUUUGAGUACAAUACGUGUAUAAGGACUAGGGCUUAUAAAAUAGAUGUUUAGUAUACACACACAUGUUAGAUCUUCAUAUAUAAUGAGCAGCUAAACAUUCAUGUGACUCCUUGCAAUAUCACCAGCAAAGUUUACAGAUAAUAUAAAAGAAUGUAGCGCUUAUAUAAUAAAUAAAUGAUCACCUUUUGGUUUAGUUAGGAAGGAGUUCCCACUUUUAUCAUCAAUUUGGUGAAUAUCUAUAAGACAACCAAAUAUAGUGUAGAUAGUACAGGGUUAAAUUAUAUGGAAUUCUAAGGUAUACACACACUCACAAACAGAGCGCUGUGGACCCAGCUCUGGUAUAAAUCGCCUCUCGGUCCGUAUAGGCGACCCACCCCUACUCCAGACGAGUAUCUUGUCCUGGAGAAACACAAAUAGGCAAACGAUUGCGCAGUAUUGUCUAAAGUUAUAUGAGAAAGUACAAAAAAAAUGUAUAGGCGGUGUGCAGUUUGGGGACUGCACUCCCAUGUUGAAAUGGAUGAGAUGUGGAACCAGGAUAAAGGGUCUCAAAUAAAAUAACAUUUAUUAAUACAAUACAAAAUAAAAAAUGGCUCAAUGUCCAAUAAGAAACCGGAACAUGUUUCGCCACUGCAAUGUGGCUUCUUCAACCGUAUUAUAAAAUAGAAUGAUUCCUGGUUCACUGUCUCUGUAUAAAUACCGCCAAAAUCAGUAAUUAGGACACCCUAACUAAACCAAAGGGUGAUCAUUUAUUAUAUAAGCGCUACAUUCUUAACUAUUCUUUGAGAUUUUUUUUCAGCUAAAGUACAGGUCACAGUUUGAUGAUCUGAGGAUAUUCAUAGUGAAUAAUAAUUGCAAGAUACUAAUUAGUUUUUCAGUUCUCUCAAAAAGGAAAGUGCACACAAAAAGCAAUCUAAAUAAAAUUUCAGGGACACCUUGAGCUGCUAAAAGAUAAAACCAAAAACUCUGCUACCCAAGUCUAACUCACCCACCAAAAAAUACUUAAAGGGACACUCCAGGCACCCAGACCACUUUUGCCCAUUGGAGUGGUCUGGGUGCCAACUUCCACUACCCUUAACCCUGCAACUGUAAAUAUUGCAGUUUUUAAUAAACGGCAAUAAUUACAUUGCAGGGUUAACGUCUAUUAGACAGCCACUAGAGGGCACUUCCUGCUCCAUGGCACAUGGCGCUGUGUGAAGACCUCCAGCAUCACUCAAUUUCCCAUAGGAAAGCAUUGAAAGCAUUUUCAAUGGUUUCCUAUGGAGAGCUCUAAUGCGCAUGCGUGGCAUUGCCGCGCAUGCGCAUUAGGUUUCCUCGGCGGGCAAGAUCAGUCUCACCCACCGGCUGACGUAAAGGAAGAGGAGGAGCGGCGGCAACCCGAAACCACCACUGAGGGACAUCGGCGGGGGUCUCAAGUAAGUGACUGUAGGGGGUUUUCACCCCUUCAGCAACCGGGUAUGGCGGGUGGGAGGGAGAGGGGACCUGCAGUGCCAGGAAAACGGAUUGGUUUCCUGGCACUGCAGUGUCCCUUUAAAUUGUGUCAACCCUAUUAGCUUACCUGUCAUCUAAUAGGCCAUUCAAUUUGUUAUAACAAAACAAUACACUUAUUAACUAACGAAAAAUGCAUAAGUUAAAGUUUCACAUAUAAGAUAAGAAAAAAUGCAUAUAUCAUAAAAAAAGGAUAUUUUUAAGUCCAUAUAGCACAAUAGUUUUUUUUGUUUUGUGAACAAUAAUAAUAAUAUUGGUAUCUACUGGUGUAACCUUGUGCUGUAGCCAAUUAGGAGGAAUAAUCCAGUGUAGUGUACCACUUUUAUUGUGGAUGCUAUAACACAUAUUUAAACUUACGCAUUUAAAAUGUGAUGUUAGUAUUGGGAGACAUUUAAUUAUCUCCUUUCAUUGCCUUGGUUUGGAUUGGAAGUGAUGCCUCUCCCACUGUCUGCUUUCAGUCUCUCUUACACUCACUCUUUGAGUUUCAGCCGCUGAAGGCGAGAAAGUCUGGUUCACCGGAUGAAACGUGUAUAGCACAUUCCCAAUCUGUGGGUAGAGCCUGUCCUGUUUGUAAGAUGUACCUAGCUCAGAUGAAACUACAGGGGGGCAUAUUGACUAUCUCACUGACACAGCGCACCAAACUUUACCUAUGUGCAUGUUUCUCUAGUCCAACCCUCAACGCUACCCAACAAUCUGUCAACCGCUUGGUCCUUCACUCUCACACAAUGCUGCCUGGACUCCUCCAAUGAAGAUACAGCUCUAUGGGACUGGGGUCUGGCGCACCGCUCUACAGGACAGGGUCUGGCGCACCACUCUAUGGGACAGGGUCUAGUAUACGGCUCUAUGGGACGAGGUCUGGAUAUGUCUAGUAACUUUCUUUUUAUAUUUGCACACCGUACAUAGAAGGAAGCACACUGGGCGUCCAUUGAUUCUGUAUAUUGUUAAAGUGACAUUAAGUCCUUGAAGGCCAUUGUUUUCUCCAUGUAUUGUGCUAUCUUCUAUGAUAUUGCUGUGACUUUAUGGUCAGUGAGCCAGUUCCUAGGAUUUAGACUGUCUGGUUACUGGAAUGAAUAUACUUCCUUCCUCAUUAAACACGGUUUGAAGAUGAAACUUUUCAACGGCCCUUUGAUAUGUUUUUAUAUCCUGGACGUUUUAUCAUGUGCCAGCCCUGAGGAUAAUGCUUUACAGUUUACACAAUACCAAAACUUGUCAGUGGCAGCGAGGGGUGUAUGGCCUCGCCUUGCACACAUUAAUUUAUGUUAACGUAGGAUGAUUACAUUUCUCUCUUAGCCAAUAAUUUAAAGGCCGUACUGCUGAACUGUACUAAAAUCGGCACGGCACUGUACAAUGUAUUUGUUCUAAACUAGUACCAAUGCUGGAUGGGUGAAAUGCUUUUUAUGCAAUAAAAUACUUUCUUCGUGCAGACAAUAACCACAUUUCGGAUGUAAAGAAGGUGGAAGCAUUCACCCAAUAUCAGUGUGCAGCACCUACUACGUCCAGGGCCUCCACACUCUGCAUGGAGGCGCUGAAGUUCCCCAUAGAGAUGCAUUGAUUCAGUGUAUCUCUAUUGGGAGAUGCCGAUUGGUGCAGAGCGGCAUUUUGACGCGCAUGUGCAGUAGCCUCCCAAUGCUUUCCUAUGAGACCGUAUCGAAUUGUCUAAGAUAAUCAAGAUUGAUGUUCUCAGCCGUGGCGAGACCAGCACGGUGCUGGGAAAAAAAGGUGAGUAGAUUCACUGUUUCCAGGGCGAUUGGAGCGUGGCCAGCCACAUAAGCCCAUGCUAGUAAUUUGUAGAAAAGUCAGAUUUGACUCGGUUGUAGUGCUGGAAAGGAGGGAAGUAUGUAAUAAUCUGCUAAAACAAUUAGAAUAUAAAUAAUCUUCAUGCUUUUGGACAUGUUAUCAGUAAAAUUGAACUUGCCUGAACAUGUUAACACAAACCUAAACCUUUGCUAUGGGCUUAGAUGUUCUAUAUUCUGUUGUGUUCUAUAAAACCUUUACUGGUUUCAAGCACUCCAGCCACAGAGAGAGAAUUAAGAUAUGUAAAUAUUCUUCUCCCAUUUUAGGUUACAGGCCAGCCUAAAUUAUUUAUUUUAAAGGGGUGGGGGGGGGGGGUUCUUUUUUCAGUGCCGAGACUCACUUGGCGCGGCCGUCUGCUCUACUUCUGGUGAUGUUGUCCUGCAGGUGUUAUGUUCAUCUUCUCAUCCAAUCAAAUGCUUCUCAUGGGGAAACGCACUGAAUACUUCCCUCUAAUUCGUAUUAGAGGAUGUUUGACAUCUUCCUGCACUGCGUGAAGACAUUGAAUAAUGGCACCUGUAAUGGCUGUUAGGAAGACGGCCACUAGAGGUGUGGUUGGGGGAAGACGGCCACUAGCGGUGUGGUUGGGGGAAGACGGCCACUAGCGGUGUGGUUGGGGGAAGACGGCCGCUAGCGGUGUGGUUGGGGGAAGACGGCCGCUAGCGGUGUGGUUGGGGGAAUACGGCCGCUAGAGGUGUGUUUAGCCCUGCAAUGGAAGCAUUGCCAUAUAAUAAUAACAAAGUGUUUAACCAGGAAAGGUACAUUCAGAUAUGCUCUGGUUUCCGUGCACACUCCUCAAAAAACAGUAAUAAUUUACUUUCCAGAACUAAAAUGACAGGGACAUUCCAUGGUUUGGGUGCCUAUAGUGUCCCAUGACGUAAAUCAUUCUGUCUCUCUGGUCUAGCAGAUAUUGAUGUCCCUUUCUAUGGGAAUUUUUACUUCCAUGUUCUUGUAAUGUGUAACAUUUUUAAUAUUGAUAGUUUGUGUCUAUAUUUAAAGGGGCUCUGGAAAUAGCUGGACACCCAAUGACUUACUCCGUAUCCAGUAACCUUAGGAGUUGUCAAAUUUGUAAACCAGUUGAAAUUCCACACCUGACUAAUGGGCUCUGAAAAUUAGAACCUGCCAUUGUUACAGCCACCUCUGUGAUUAAAUAUUAACACGUGAAAUGCUCAGGAGUCUGGCCAAUAAAUGAGACCUUCCUACCAGUCACUGAGCUGCAGAGAAGUGUGUGUGUGUGUGUGUGUGUGUGUGUGUGUGUACAGAAAUAUAUAUGAAAUAUUUUUAUUUAUUUUUACUGUCCUCCUCAUUUUUCCCCCUCUUGGUUACUUCUGACUUGUUUUGUGAACCAAAUGCUGUAAAAAUACACAGAUUAGUGUACUGCAAAAUAUAGAAAUAAUAUUGGCCCACUUUUGUACUUUUGGUUCGAUUGCAUGGGUGAAAUACUUCUGAACUGAUACACCACAAGGAUCAACACCAAUGAGUUUUAUUUAUGUUAUCCAGAUGAACCUGUUCGACCGAACCAAUUUUGUAAAAAUUUUUUUUUGCCAUUAACAAAUAGUUUUGUCUCAACACUGAAUCCCCAUUAUGACAGAAGUGAAGAUUGUAUUUGUUUUGAAACAUCUCUUUAAGUACCCCUGUCAAAAUCUUCAGGUAUGCCCCUUCUCGGUCUCUCCGCUCUGCCCGUGACCUUCUCCUGUCCGCUGCUCGCACCCGUAUGGCCAACUCACGCUUGCAGGACUUCUCGCGGGCGGCUCCUUUCUUAUGGAAUCGCCUGCCUACCGCCAUCAGACUCUCCCCUAGUCUUCAAUAGUUUAAGAAGUGCCUUAAAACCAUCUCUUUAGGAAAGCUUAUGGCCUCCCAGAGUAACCUCUACCUUACAUACCUGUCUCUCGCUCUCCUAAAGGGCAGCACUCUACUCUCUCCUCCAGCUCUGCUUCACUCCCACCUUAUUUGAUUGAUAUUUCCUGUCAUUAUGUGUUUUACACCCCACCUCCUAUAGACUGGAAGCUCGUUUGAGCAGGAUCCUCUUCAACCUAUCGUCCCUGUAAGUUUUCUUGUAACUGUCCUAUUUAUAGUUAAAUCACCCCUCUCAUAAUAUUGUAAAGCGCUACAGUAUCUGUUGGCGCUAUAUAAAUGGUAGUAAUAAUUAUAAUGAAGGUCUUGCAAAACAAAUGUAAAUGUGUAAAGAAGGCCCAUCAACUCCAGAGGGGGGUGCAUUUUGGGUAAACUGUAGGGAGAGGACUUCUGGCAGGUGGGUAGGGCCAACACCAUUCCCUUGGUCCCAGAUAGCGUUGUGUCGGAGGCAAUAGCAGAAUAUAUGUACCUUGGUAUUUCACAGUACUUGGACACAUUGGGUCUGUGACAGAGUGCUCUAUACAACGGCCAUUCACAAUGGAUUCUCACUUUCCAUUUUGAAACCCCCAGUACAGUUUUCUGUAGACCACGUCACUGGUGGUAAAAUCAAACCAGGUAGAAAUGCUCAAAUGUAUUGUCCCAGAAUAGCCUUGAUUGACAAUGGAAACUUUUAGUCGAAAUCACAACUUGGCAGCGGGACGUAGUUGGGACAUAGUUGCAAUUGGGUGUAGAUUUUAUUUCUAAAAUGCCAUUAAUUACCGUUCUCUGCAUUGAUCUCCUAAAUGACAAUGUAAAACCUCCUCUAAGCUUCCCAGAGAGCCGCUUGCCUAGCCAGCAUUGUUUGUUCUGUAAGCAAACGCUAACUCUUACAUAACAUGUAUUAGAAUGUGACCGCAUCUUGGCUUAUGAUGAAAGAUUUACACUUAAGAAGAACCCAUAAUAUGCCAGGCAGAAAAACACAUUAGAUUUGGGCAACUCUUGCAGCUGUUCUCUGUAGAACGUUCAUAGCUAGGAUGUGGUCAGACUUUUUAACAAGGUGUAUUAACAAAAAACGUUCCCAUCUGCUCCGUAUUUAUAUUUAUAUUCUUGAUUUUACAUACCAUAGCAGCAGAACUUUCUGUGUUGUGUUUUAUUCACACCUUAUAUCACUAGAACAGUUUUUUACUUUUUUUUUUUUUUUUUUUAUUUUUUGACAGAAGUCGUGGCAUAUCCACUGUAAAUAGGCUUGUGCAAAAGCCAGAGCAAGGUUCAGAUGUCAGUGGUUGGUACAGAAAAAUAAUAUACAAGGCACGUCAUACUUUCACGUGUGGCAUGGUUGUUGUCUGUCAAGUUUUAUGAUUUUUAAGGAAACGAGAAAACACAAACAACAAUAAGUAACAGUGAGUUUAACAUAGUUGCGCUUCUGUAACGUGUAGAGUAGUUCAGCAGACUGAGGUACCGGAAAUCUUGGUCUAGUAGAGAGAGUUGGCUAGCGGGGGUACAGAAGGAUUUACCAGGUGGGGGGGUGGGCAGGAAGGUUUAGGAUGGUGCCUUGGUCGGUGUGUUGUCUAUUAGUUCGUUAGUCGGUUCUAUAGUUCAAGUUGUUCGUCAAUAUAGUUUUUCCAUGGUUCUCACCACUUGGAGAAGUGUAAGCAUUUUAGUAACCGCAACAACUCAGCCGGAACACAAGGAAUGCUAAACCCAGGAAGCAGAACACAAGGAAUGCUAAACCCAAAGCAAGGUAUCGGCACAGUGGAAGAGUGUCAUGCUCACUCACAUUUCUGUCUGUGUUCCUGCCUCCAAUCUCCACUCCAGUAGUCCCAAAUUCACGGAUUUGAAUGUUUUGGGGGCGUGGCUUCCAAUUUAAAGAGCCAACCUGUAAAAGGCUGGUUCACACAUAGGACUUUAUCUUGUUGUGGUUAUCUUGUUCCCAUAAGUGCUUUAUAUCUGGUUGUUCGUUUUUGUUAAUUUUGACUUCAGCUAUACUGACUAUUCUCCUAUAUUGACUCUGCUCACGUACCCCGACUAUCCUAGUACCUGGUUUCCUGACUCGACUUGUAUACCUAAUUUUCGUGAUUUCUGGCUCCCUAGAUCUUGGCUUGUUCUUGACUAUUCUCUAUCUGUCUAACGUAAAGUCUGGCCACUCUAAGGUCUGGUAUAUGUUUUUCUAUUACAUCUUUCGUGUUGGGUCUCAUUGGAGUCCUGACAAAGAGUGGGGUUAGAGGUCAGAACUUUUGGGAUACCAGAAGAGAACUGCAUAGAUUUGUGUCCUUAUAUUAGCUGAUGCUUUGGUCUUAUCUUGAUACAUUCACAAAACAUGAACUUAAACGGCUUACACAGACAUGACACUCUUGCCAUGUGUAUGUACCUCUGGCUCCACUUCCCCUAACGGACCAUUAUCUUAUCUGACCUACUUUCCAUCGUCACUAGAAGAAAACCCGAAACAUGUGCAGAGAUGAGAAAGACAAGGUCCUAACCGAUAUCAUGUCUGAAUGUGACGUGGCGUUGCGUGCCUCCAUGCAUCUCCAGGUCCUCCACUGUCCAGCCGCAGCCAUUGCAACCCUGACAAACACAGACACUGACACUUACUCACUGAGUGUGGGGAUCUUCUAUCUGGAGUUCUCAGUCUUCCUGCUCCUCGCUGCUCCCUCACUCGCGCAGUUUAGUCGUGCCGGAAUAUGACGUCAUAUUCCGGCAUCACUACGGGCGGGCGCGCGCGAGGGAGCAGCGAGGAGAGGGAAGACUGAGCUCCUCCAGCGACCUCUCAGAGUCCUGGCCGGAUACAUUUUAGCAGAGUAGGCACCUGCAAUGUGGGGAGAGUAGGUGCCUACUCUGCUUUAAAGGACCACUAUAGGCACCCAGACAACUUCAGCUUAAUGAAGUGGUCUGAGUGCCAGGUCCAGCUACGGUUAACCCUUUUUUUUUAAUAAACAUAGCAGUUUCAGAGAAACUGUUAUGUUUAUAAUAGGGUUAAUCCAGCCUCUAAAGCCUCUAGUGUUUGUCUCAUUGACAGCCGCAAGAGGCGCUUCCUCGCUUCUCUGUGAUUUUCAGUGAGAAGAUGCCAGCGUCCAUAGGAAAGCAUUGUGAAUGCUUUCCUAUGGACUGGCUGAAUGCGCGCGCAGCUCCUGACGCGCAUGCGCAUUAAGCCGAAGAGAAGGAGAAGAGGGAGGAGAGGAGGAGAGCUCCCCGCCCGGCGCUGGAGAAAGAGGUAAGUUUAACUCCUUCCUCUCCCCAGAGCCCGGCAGGAGGGGGACCCUGAGGGUGGGGGCAACCUCAGGGCACUAUAGUGGCAGAAAAACAAGUGUUUUCCUGGCACUAUAGUGUUCCUUUAACACUAAGCAUGUCUCUAACUUGUGGCUUGCCGGGUGCAAAAAUGUUCAUUGUGGGCCGCGAGUUUGACACGCUUGACGUAGAGCCUUGUACAAGCUGCUGGUGAGAAUGUUUAAACUAAAUGACUUCUCAAGGCAUCUGGCCAUGCUACUGUGUAUCUUGCCCUGGCUCUGUGUGGGAUGUGAUACAAGAGAGGAAAUUUUUUAAUUUAUUUUUUUAUUCUGGGAAAUGUGAAGGAAAAUGGGCUGUUGGAUAGAUGACUGCUUCAAGUAAAUGUUAACAAAUAUGUAACAAAUGGGUUUAUUCGCUAAACCGAAAAUUGAGGAGCAUUUUACAAGCAAGUUGCAAAGUUUAUUGCACAUUUUAGGCUAAAAGCUGAGAAAUAUUAAACUCCUUUGUCAAUGCUUUUUGUUCCAUAGUUUAGUGGAUAAACCAGACUUUCAAGCUUGAACGCUGUUUUCUACAUUUAUUUUUUUUGUUUGUUUUUUUUUUCACUGUUUUAGAUCUAAAAUGAUAAGUGUAUGUGACUGUAUGCACUAGACUUGUGUAUUGUGUAAAUGUAAAUGUUUUUUUCUGAAUUGAUUCGGUUCAGAUUUCCAAAUCUUUUCGUUGCUAAAAAAAUCCUAAUGAAAAUGUUUUGGUUCUAUUCUAACACUUAGGUCGGUCUGAUUAUUGCCAAGGAAGCCCCAAAACAACUCUCAAACUGUAAAUUAGUGAUUCAUUUGUGGUUGGUGUUGGUUUUACAGCUAAUACUUGUAGCCAUUACCACUUUAUUUGGAAUCUGGCUACAUUUUGUUUUGGAAAUCCAAAAGGCACAAAAUUGGCCAAAAUUUGUCUGAAUUUCACUUCGGACCAAACUGUAUCUCCAAAUCUAGCAUGCACUACAUAAAGUUGAAAUUACGAGUCAAAUCUUGGGAAAGCUGGAAAGGGUGCAAAUGUGAUUCCAUUUUUUGCUUUUAGUUUAGUGAAUAAUCCCCAUAUGUAUAGGGUUACUAGAUCCACCAUGUUUUCAGGGACACAUAGACUUAUUGAUGGGCAGCACUUGAAAAGGGUUGCCCUGUAGUAUGUAGAAUUCAGAAGGUGUUGUAUAAGACUAAGUAAUUUGCCAAUGAAGAAUCCUGCAGAUUAAUCUUUAUACAUGGUGCAGGGCAAAUAUUUUUGAUGUGUUUUCAUAAAUAUGACAAAAUGAUAUGUGUAAACAUGGUGGAUAUGAUAUCCCUACUUAUGGCUAAUGUUAACCUGAUUUGAGAUUAAUAUAGGACAUGGUUUUUAGUUGUACUUUCACCCAGUGAUCGGACUCUCUGUAUAUUUGUCUUUCAGAAAAUGCUGCUCAAGAAGAAUUGUGGAUCGAAGACUAGAGUAAUUAAAAUACGAGUAAGUAGCUUUCAUUGGAUCUGGUCGUACUAUUUGUAUCUGUAUUUGACCGCCUCUGAAGUUUUGCAGCUAUGCAAAGAAAACCCCAGACUAUAUCUUGUCUAAAUAAUGCACAAUUCUAAAAAGUUAUUUAUUUAUUUUUUUUAUUUUUUUUUUAAAUAAGGAAAAAAAUAAAAUAGACUAACAAAAAAUGAAUUUAAAAAAAAAGUCAGUCUAUCUGGGUUCUAAGCAUUAUGUUUGGUAAAUGCAAUCCUUUUAUUUGCUACAUUCUCAUUAUUUAUUUUUUGUGUUGAUUAUUUCUCACCCAUUUCCCUUUAAAUUGCCAUAAAAAUGUCACUUUCACACCCUCCUGACCUAUAUAAAGCAUAAUAAUGAUAUCGGUAAUAUGGUAAGUGUGGUGAUAUGUCAGCCAUCCCUGAGAAGGGUGUUUCAGGCGUCAAAAUGAACUGUAUGACGUAAUAGGUAUACGGUCCGUGUGCAUGUUAAAGGCGAUAAUCUAAGUUUGAGGACCAUCUAGAGAGAGCAAAUAAAAUGAAAAUAGUUUUUAAAUUAGAUUAUAAGGUAAAGAAAGUAUAUUACAACACAGCAGGUAAAGAAAUAGCUCCACGUAGACUUUCAAUAAUAUGUGAUGGAAUAAGCCAAGUUUUGGGGAGUUUUAGUGAGAACCAAGACUGUAGAAGUGAAAUAAUGAUUUGUACUGGCAUUGUAUGAAUAUAAAGUAAUAUUUGGAUGAAUGUUCACUUUAAAUGUUGCUUUGUUUUGCUGGGUAUUGUGACUUGUAGAUGUAUGUGGACAGGUAGCCAGCAUUCUGAUAAAAGUGCUGUUCAUUCACACACGGACAAACAGCAUGUUUCCAAGUCCGUUUAAUUCUCAGGAUCCAUCAGGCCAAGCUAGAAUGAGUAAUCUCAAACACGGAGACUUGUGCCAUGACCUUGUUUCAACCAUGUGUCGUGUUGGCUACAAGAACUGAGUGAGAAUUCUCCAGACAUUAUUUACUUUGUAAAAUUCUCUGUUUUUACGCUAGAGGGUCAGGGGACAUAACAUUUUAUCUUUAAUAUUACAACAAGGAUCCUUAUUUUGUUACAAAACACCUGUCGUUUAGAGGUGAUUGUACCCCCAUACUGCAAAUCAGGGUUAUCUUGCAUUGGACAGACCGGGCAGAUUGCUAAAUUAGCACAGUUUUCUCUGUCUGCAUUAUCUGAGCAAAACUGCCCACCCCAUGAUAAGAUGGGAAUGGGUGGGUCACUGCGGUUUUCAAGGUUAGUCGGUUUUGUUAAGAUAAUGUAUAAGUGAAGCAUCCAUAUUGUCUGAGGAGCAGAGGAGGUGCUAGGCUUUGGGUGUCGAGAGAACCACAGUUUUUGCCAUACUAUUUAAAAAUUAUUUGGCAAAAAAUAAGGCAAUGUGUUCAGAUAUUCAAAAAGGGUCCUGUUAAUUCUAGACCUUUGAGCUUAACUUCUGUAGCUGGGAAAGUAUUUAAAAGGUUAGUAAGAAGUAUUCAGGAAUUCAUUAUGAAAAACAUUAUUAGCAAUAAUCAGCAUGGUUUUAUGAAACACAGAUCAUGUCAAGCUAACCUUAUUGCAUUCUCUGAAAAAGUAAGUAGAAGUAUAGAUCAGGGUGUUGCAGUGGAUGUGAUCUAUUUGGAUUUUGCCAAGGCAUUUGAUAAGGUUCCUCAUAAUAGGUUAGCGUUAAAACUCAAAGAAAUCGGUAUAGAUGAAAAUUCUUGUUCUUGGGUAGAACUUUGGCUUAAAAAUAGAGUACAGGGAGGGAGUUGUCAUUAAUGAUACAUUUUCAAGCUGGACAAAGAGAUAAGUGGUUUCUCUUCUUUGACCCCUUCUAUUUAACAUUUUUAUAAAUGAUCUUGAAGACCGCAUUGAAAGUCAUGUUUCAGUGUUUGCAGAUGACACAAAACUGUAAAGAAAUACAAUGUGAGCAAGGUAUUACUUUGCAGCAACUGGUUUAAAAUAGAUUGAGUGACUGAGCACUCAAAUGGCAGAUUAAAUUUAAUGUACUGUAGAUAAAUACGAAGUUAUGCACUUCAGGGUAAAAAAGGCACAAGCAACUUGCAUCCUAAACGGAGAAUUGGAGAUAACACGUGAGAAGGUUUUGUGAACGGUUAUAGACCACAAACUAGGCAACAAUGUGCAAUGUCAAUCUGCAGUGGCUAAGGCCAGUAUAAUAUCGUCAUGUAUAAAAACGGGCAUUAAUUCUCGGGAUGAGAAUAUCAUUUUGCCCCUCUAAACCACUGGUAAGACCACACCAGGAAUAUGUCGUGCAAUUUUGGACACCUGUUCUAAAGAGAUAUUAUGGCACUAGAAAAAGUGCAGAAGCGGGAAUACAAAAUUAGUAAAAAGAAAUGGAUGUUUUUAGCAAUGAAGAAAAGUUAACACAUUUAAUUCUAUGUAGUUUAGAAAAACGGCGCCUCAGAGGGGAUAUGAUAACAUUAUACAAAUAUAUUUGGGGCAAUAGAAACCAUUAUUUGGAAAUUUAUUCAUAAUUAGGAAUAUACACAGGACACAAGGUCACUCACUUUGUCUGGAAGAAAGGAGAUUUUGUCUACGGCAAGGUGUGUUGUGUGUGGUGUGGUUUUUUGGGUUUUUUUUGGGGGGGGGAGGGUUUACAGUAAGAAUAAGGAUGUGAAAUUCUCUGCCUGAAGAGGUGGUUUUAUCAGUCUAUACAGAUGUUUAAACAGCAAUUUGAUAAAUACCUGCAAAAACACAAUAUACAGAGAUAUAAUUUCGAAUUUGUGGGGUAAUUGUUUCUUGAUUCAAGGAGAUAUCUGACUGUCAUUCUUGGUCAAGUAGAAAUGUUUUCUUAGUUUGUUGCACAAUUGGAAUCCCUUCUAACAGGGAAUUUGCCUUCUUUUUAAUGAACAGCAAAAACAGAUGUGAGAAAGCUUGAACUUGAUGCAUGUCUCUUUACAGCCUAUGUAACAAAGUAACUAUGUCAAUGCUUAUGGUGCUGAAAAGUUUAAACUCUUUGAAUAAAGUUUGAAACGUUUUACAACAACCAAAAAGCAUCCUGUUGAUUCAAGUUAUGAGACCAAUCCUCGCCUAUUCCCUCAUGUAGUUUCACAGGGGGAAUUUUAUUCUUAAAAACUUGCUAAAACGCCAUAAUACAUAGUGUUCCCAAAGAGCAUUCAUAUAAAUCUCAAUCACACGUGUCAAAGGGAUAUGCUCAUUAAGAAACAGGGGUGAGGUGUGAGAGGACAGACUAGAGAGGAAAAUCAGUCUGGCAGCAUACAUUAGACAGUAGCGGGGUCAUACGGCUUUUGGGAGGACCAAUCCAUACAGGAAAUUACUAAAGCAUGGACAAGCUCUUUGGUAGCAUCUUGUGUAAGAAAGGGGCAGAUGCAGGCUAUGUUUUUAAGUUGGAAUCUACAGAAUUUGGCAACAUACUGAAUGUGAGGCUCAAAGUAUGACGCCAAGACAGCACACUUGCAAGGAUGGACUGAUGUGGCUGCCACUAACUUGAAGGGAGAGCGAAAGAGGAUCAGUAUUAGGAGGAGGAAAGACAAGGAGCUUGGUUUUAGAGAGACUGAGUUUCAGAAAGUGGGAGGGCAUCCAGUCAGAGAUGGAAGAAAGGCAAGCAGUGACACGUUGCAGGACGGCAGGGGAGAGGUCCGGGGAGGAGAGUUAUAUCUGGUUGUCAUCAGCGUACAGGUGGUAGUGGAAUCCAAAUGAGGUAAUAGGUUUGACAAGAGAGGCAGUAUAAAGAGAAAAUAGAAGAGCACCAAGGACAGAGCCCUGAGGGACUCCAACCAAGACAGAACGAAGGGAUGAGGUAUCAUUAGAAAAGGAGACACUGAAUGAGCAUUGGGGGGAGAGAGAAGGAAAACCAAGAGAGGACAGAGUCACAGAGGCCGCGUGAUUAAAGUGUUUGAAGAAGGAGAACAUGAUCAACGGUGUCAAAGGCCUCAGAGAGGUCAAGAAGAAUUAGUAUGGAGUAGUGGCCUUUGGAUUUAGCUGCAUAUAGAUCGUUAGUAACUUUCAUAAGAGCAGUCUCAGUAGAGUGGAGAGGGCGGAAGCCAGAUUGAAGAGGGUCAAGGAGAGAGUUGGAAUUGAGGAAGUGAGACACACGGGUACAGACUAGUCUUUCCAGGCAAUUUUGAGGGAAAAGGGAGCAGUGAUAGCCUGGUCAAUGGAAGAAGUACAUCUGUGGUGUGCACGGCAGCUAUACUCCAUAACAUACCAGAGUGGUAAAGAAAGCUAAAUGCAUCCUUGAUUACAUUGUUUUAUAUGUUUAACGCUUAUUAUAUAAUGCAAUGUAGUUGCCAAGUCCAGAAUUUCAACAGCAUCUGGUAAAACAAAAGUUGGCUAUACCAACUUGGCAAAUGUACUCCUCUCCAAUUUACAGAAAGAUUAUUUGGCACUCAAGACCAGCCUGAACUCUGCAAAGUCAAGGGCUGCUCAAUUUAAGUUUCACUGGACAGUUUAUAAAGCUGAAAUCAAAUAACUGCAACUGGAGGUAUAGAACCCUGCACAGUCCCUUUAAAUCUUGUGCAUCAACUUCAGCUGAACCUUGUGAUGUUCCUACAAAUUCAGCAGGGAUUUAGAUAAUUCUGCUGUUUGUUGUAAUAUGAAUGCCACUUCCACUUCGCAGGAUUCCUGAAUACAAAUUGAGCAUUAAAUCAAACACUUCAUAUCCAUUCCUGAAAUUUCUUCACAUUUUAACAAACACUCGAACAGCUCACAACAGAUAAAACUAUAAAAAUGUACUCUUAACACUUUGAAUGCCACAUGGCUUCUUACAGGCCUAGCUGGUAGACGAACUCAGUGAGCAAUAUGGCAUUAUAGUUUAGAGACUGGAUUGCCAUCUUUGAUAAGCUCUUGCAAUCUUUGGCUUUGGCAUUCAUUUAAAUGUUUGAAAAAGUAAAGUAAACAAUAUCGAUACGGGAUACAGAACUUAUUGAUCUAAAAAUAAGAAAUGAAUGCCAUGCGUUUCCUUUUUAGCUGUGCUCUUAAAUAGUCUUUUUAUUUUGUCUCUUCGCAGUUGUGGUGUAGUGAACUUUCGGCAACUGAGUUUGUGUCUCAGCUAGUGCUUGACAGAGGACUUUGGUUUAAAUGUUUUAUUUUUUUUAAUGUUUAAAGGAUGUUUGUGAUUUAUAAAGGACAUAACGAUGUGAGCUUGUUUGCCCUUGAAGUGUUUUUAAUGUGCGUACUAUUAGGUAUAGUAGAAGGUCGGCGUACUUAGUUGUGCCCAUCUGGUGUAGACAUUCCUUUGGUUUAUUGGUGGCAUUGAAUAAUACCGUUUUCCCUUGCUUUGCUUUGGUUAUCACUACAUAUGAACUUUGACCUGUAUAAUAUUUCAUAUCUUGACCUCCGUUUCAUUAAAUGAGCCCAGCGAGCUAGGGUGCAGGUGAGUGGCUAUUUAUUUUUAGAAGCUUCUCAUAUUCCGGAUCGUUCUCUGAAUGUAUUCUGCUGGAUCCACCGGCAGGACAGAAGCCAGUCAAACAGACUGUUUCAAUAUUGGGGAAAGAUCAAGAUGUUAUGAGAUUUAAUGGAAGAUGUCAUACAACACCCGAGCAUGUCAUCUGUCUGAUUAGCUGACUCUUCCGUAAAUCGUGCCAUUACAGGGUGUUUGUAAAAGAAAAUGUAAAACUUCAGAACCCAGUUCUUCGGUCAUUACUAUGUAGCAUUCUGCCGCAACUUCGUGAAACCUGAGCCGUAUAGGUGAUGUUCCCGGAAACUAUUUUACAAACUAUAGGAAUCAAAUACUUCUUGGGAACAGAUAAAGUGUUCAUCUUGUAUUAAAAACGGCUGUUUUAAAUUGUUUUCUUAAAUAAUUAAUACAGUAAAUAUAUAGCCAGCUGCUAGCCUCCAUUUUACAUUAAACAUAUGUUAACUCCUCUGCCUACAGCAAGUUUCACUGAGCCAUUAUCACCCGAGCACAGCCACGCAGCUGUCACAAUGGGAGUGUGCAUAUUCUCAUUAUCAUAAAAAAAAUAAAUGAAAAUGUUGGCAAGUUUGUAAUAUGGAAGAUUUUUUUAAAUUUUUUUUUUUUAAAUUUUUUUUUUUAUUCUGCUUUUCCCCUUAAAGUUGGUAGUUAUUAAAGGACCACUAUAGUGCCCUGAGGGUGCCCCCACCCUCAGGGUCCCACUCCCGCAGGGCUGGAUGGAGAGGAAAGGGUUAAAUCUUUCCUUUUUUCCAGCGCCGGGCGGGGAGCUUUCCUCCUCCUCCCUCUUCUCCUCCUCUUCGGCUGAAUGCGCAUGCGCGGCAGGAGCUGCACGCGCAUUCAGCCAGUCCAUAGGAAAGCAUUCACAAUGCUUUCCUAUGGACGCUGGCAUCUUCUCAUUGUGAAAAUCACACUGAGAAGCAAGGAAGCGCCUCUAGCGGCUGUCAAUGAGACAGCCACUAGAGGCUGGAUUAACCAUAUUAUCAUUAUAGUUUCUCUGAAACUGCUAUGUUUAAAAAAGGGGGUUAAACCUAGCUGGACCUGGCACCCAGACCACUUCAUUAAGCUGAUAUAGCUUGCAAAACCUGCAGGUGUCUUGUCUGCAGCCUUUACAAGCCCUCCCCCUUCUAACCCCACCCAGACUUUCUGUGGCUGUCCAAUCACAUACUUCUCAAUGCAUUUAAUGAGAAGUCUCUGUAAGAGGUUUGCUCUGGGUAACUGCUGCCUCUUGAGUUUAUCUCCACUGAGCUAAACAACCAGGAAGAAACUGGAACGGUUGUUUGACAGCGAGGAUGUGUAACAAGGUUAAUUGAUGAUUUUCCAAUUUCUAUUAAAAUCUACACUUUUUGUAAAAUGGGAAAACAAGAGGUCACACAUAAAGCACUUAAGCAAGCUACAGUGAUUUAGGUGUCUGGAGUAACAUUAAAGGGGGCCCCCAAUCACCAUGACCACUUCUGCUUUUUGAUGUGGUGGUAGGUGUUUGUAUGUACAGUGUUAUAGCUUAAAAAAUUACACAUACAGAGCUCAGUUUAAUUGUGUGCUGGGGGCUAGUUGCACCACUCACACGUGAUAUUAACAUUUCUGGAUAUCUGGGCUCACAGUGUCAAUUCUGUGCACAAAUAAAUCUGUCAGUGCGCUCUGCAGGCUGCCAACAGAUAUGAAAGUCUGUGUGGGCCCCUCUCGCCUGCCUCCGUUUAUUUGUUUGUUUUUGUUAAUUUAAUUAUCAGAAUUCCCUUCUAAAAUCCCAGCCACCUCACUAACCUCGCCAGGUAAGAUUGCGUUCUGAAACGGUCCAAUCACAAUCUUCUCUAUGAGGAGUGACCUCAGGAGGGGGUUUGGAAGAUAAGAAAUGUGGGCUCUGCCUGAUGCUGGAUUAAGGUGAGUAAGACUUUUUUUGCAGAUACAUGUAGUUUAUGGACACCACCACCACGCUUGCUGGCUAUCUGGAAUUUGGUGAGACUGGCAUGAUUUGGGGUAUUUCAAUGUCUCCACAUCUGGGGACACCAGAGAAAAGUCCCAUAUAAAUCAUGUUCUCUAGCAGGAUGCUUGUUUAAUGCUUGUAAUAUGACAGUGCUUAAUCAGCGCUUUGUGGACAGGCAUCCUGAAUCGCUGUCGGGCCAAUAAACAUGGCGCCCUAGCAUUCAGGGAUCACUCAUCCCCUUCACACCCAUGAGCAUCACCAUGAUGUGAAUUACACUGAUCCCCUUGCUAGACCUACUUGACUCCUUUCUGUCUUAGCUAAUCCUCGCCAUUGUUGGCAAGUAUAAAACCAGGCUCGACAAUUGACCAAUCUCUAGGCAGAUCCUGACAGAAUUAUUAGAAAUUUUAAACAAGUAUCGGUGGACUGAAAAGUGGUUUCAACAGAAAACAUUGAGCCAAAAGCAGAAACUCAAUUUAAGCAUUCAUGGAGUCAGUAGGAGGAUUUAAAGCUAUACUGUGUGUGAUCAAGGGCUCUGGAAAGCAAUUCAGCUGGCCUUUUCGAACCUCAUGCACACCAACCAUGGCUGGGAGCUCUGACUAUGCAAAAUAUUUCAACCACUUCCUAUUUGACACAUUGAAACCUUAAACCGUCUGAUAACGUCGGCCUUGAGUAACUAUUUAAGUGCAUUCUUCUUCUGAUUUCACCUUAUAUCGCCUGUGUAAAGAGAGGCCCAUGAAGUGAAAUGUUUUUUUUGUUUUUUGUUAUUUCUUCAAAAUCAUUUACAAUCUGAACAGUUUAGAAAAAAUAAAAGAAUUCAAAACCUUUGAAAUCAUAAAAACACACCAAGGAUUUGUCAGCCAAGGUCACACUUUUAUUGAAUAUGCAAUUAUCUUCAGAAUAUGAAUCUUAGCAUUUAUUAUUCAAUGAACUUCAGGCUAUUGAGAGGAAGAGGAAAUUGUUAUCAGAAGCAAAACUGUGUUUAAAAAGUGUGUAUUCCCUUACUGUAUAAUAUAAAUGACAAUGUUUAAAAGGGACAUUGUGACCGCUGAGGGAAAACAUGAUUUAAAAAAGCCCAGAUAUUAAUCUUUCCACAUACGUUCUUGUUUGGUGCACAGGAGGUUAAAAGCCCUGGUAUCACCCUUCGCAUUGGUAAAUAUUUCUGCCGUCUUCAUCAAACUGAAAAUAAAGAUCCCUCCCAUGGCAACGCAUUGAAGUGUAUUUUAUACCUUCCUCUGACUCAUUGUGUUUCUCUAUAUAUAAGUUUACAGAGGAUAUAGCUGUGUACAACAUAGGAGACUGGUCUGAGCUCUGAUCUGAUUAGCGGGCGUUGGACCUUAUAUCAUGUUAAAUAAGAACAUGCCUAUUCUAGGCUGCUCUUAUCUGCAAAUUAGAAGAAAUGUGUCUGAGUGCCAGCGUUUCAUUUAUUAUUUUUUCUGCAGUCUUUUCCUGUCUUAAAUCUCCAGUCUCUGCUCAUUAGAAAGAAGUGGACUUUUUUCCUCCUUAAGACAACAGAUCCUUUGAAUCUGAGGCCAGGGAGUUUGUUUGGAGAUAUUUCAUUUGCCGUUUAUUUUUAAGUAGGUUUGUUUAAUGUGAAUUGCUAAAGAGUCUCUUGAAGUGCUGCCCUUUAACUAGUCAGUCUAGGACACAGUUAUCUCAAGCCACCCCCUAGAUGGUCAAAAUCUGACCGUUACCCAACUAUGUAUCCACAGAGGAUAAUGCAUAGCAUAGGGGGCACCACAGGUACUCCGUGUCAGAGCUCUGGAAGGUUGAACGAGUUUGGGCAGAAGACUUUGAUAGAUGCAUAUUCCAACAUUUCAAAUAGACAAAGAGGGACACUUUUUUUUUUUUUUUUUGUCCCUUUUUGCCUUAUCGCUUGCAUUUUUAGUGUAUAUAAUUGUAUUACAGAAUUCCACAGUAAAACGUGCAGAAUGGAUUAAUAACAAAGCUCCACUACAGUAAAACUCACCAUAAUGGGCAGUGUGUAUGAGUGUCAGAGCUCCACAACCAUAAAACCCACUAUAACGGGCACUAUGUAUGAGUGUCUCACAGAGCUCCACAGAAUUUAAACCUUGUGUACCCAGAUUCUAUUUAAUAGUCCCGAAUUGGUGUCCUUUUAUGCUGUCUCCGGUUUAUUUACAGCUCGGUCUGUAAAAAUUAAAUACACUACACAGACCAUAUGACAGCACACUGGGCUACAGUGAGUGGGCAGGCUUUCCCUGCUGCAUUACCAGUGACAUCUCUGACAACCCCCCACUCACCAAGGGGACCAUUCCCCUCCGAUGUUCAUAUCCCCAUUGUUGGCAAAUAUGCAUUAUUACAGAGCCUUACAGGGGACGUUUUAUUAUAAAAGCUGGUUUCACCAGCUCCUUACUGAUCUAGCCGUGUGCACUUUGCAAAUUGCAGCCAGUGUGCCUCCUAGGCCGGUCGGGCACACUCUAACAGGAGCUGUCAGUAGAAGCACUGUUUUAGUAACUACCACUGUUCUGUAUUGUGGUGCAGUAUACUUGGCUGCCUUCUCCAUUUCUGACCAUUACAAUCUUUGUUUAGUAAGUGUAUCUCUUGAAGGCUGCGCAUGGCCGACUCCCAGAAAGCAUUUUUAUGUGAGUAAUGUUUAGUCGAGGUCACUUUGUAUCAGUCCUAAGCAACUUUUAGGUUUUCUAACUUAACGUGCAAUAGCUGCAGAUUGCGGCUUUUUUUUCUGUAGCCGGACACCUUACGUCAGAGGUCUCUCAUCUAGCAAAGUGUGAAUCUCUAGCAAAAGGGUUACUAUUCAUAAACUUUUUUUUUUUUUUACUAAAGUGCAACUUUCAAAACUCUUGGCCAGCUGGCGGAAUUUCAGUAAACUGUUGCUACAUUUUGGUUCACUGUUGCCAACUGCCAAGGUUCAGUAUGAUUGAGGGUGAUGGUAUUCAACCAAAAGGUCCACUCAGGGAUACAAAGUUGUUAUAGGAACAUUUCAUUUUCCCUUUUCAAGUCUGUAUGAGUUUUGAUAAAUAGCUGUGAUUCUGUAUGUACCAUCUGUCAUUUCACAUGGAUUUGCUAUUGCUAGCAUGGCUCUGUUUGUGUGACGCAGUGCUCCGGAGAGUAGGUAUUGGAUAGUGUAUUCAAGCAUGCACCCAUGAACGCACUCCUUGUAUUCUCUCAUACCCGGUUAAAUCACUGCAACAUGACACCAAUGGAAGUUGUGAGUUUCCAUGUGAAACUGUGCUCAGAACUUUGUAUUCCCUGAGAAGUGGAAGAAAUUGUGGCUACAUGUGUAAUACUUCAGACAAAACAGUAGAAAAGGGUAAAAGUGGAUUGAUUACUUUGUGAGAAUAGACAGAAGUGCAAUAUUCACAUUAACUGAGAACCUCAAUGUAGACAGUGCCAGGGCAGUUUGGACCUGGGUGCCCAUCACUAUGAGCACUAACCGCAGGCGUGAAAUGUGAUAUGUUCUGAGUGCUGCCCUUCAAUGCUUUACCACCUGUGUAUUCUCCUGGGAUGGGAAUUUUAUAUAAAAACAUUAUUAUACGAGAAGACUAGGAGUGCUUUUAAAACAAAUCUAUUGUGUUCUUUGUUCAGGUUGUCUUUGGGCCCUAUAAAUGGCACCUCCUUGUAGUCAAUGAUGGAGUGCCAGGAUACCCUAUGUUGGUUAUUCCAUGCAAUUUACAAAUAAGGAGAGCCGUAUUUAUAGCGACAUGCUUUUAUGCUUUAACACUAAUACAAUACAACUGAAGUCUUUUUAGUGUAUAGAUGCCAUUUAGGAGUUAAAUCAUUUUGUUUAUAGAGCCCUGGUCACACCUCCCUGCAUGUGACUUGCACAGCAUUCAUAAACACUUCAUGUAAAGUGAGAUCUAAUGUCUACAUGUUAUUGUAAAUUCUAUUUGAUUUAGAAUUUUUUAUCUCCAGCACUGUUAAUAGCCUUGUUCAAUUUACAGAGCAGGAGAUAAAAACUUUUCAAGUAAGUUAACAUCUGAUUGAAAUUGAAACUUCUUUUAUGCAGGCAGUGUCAGUUACAGUCAGGGGAGUAGUGUCCUGGGGCUGCAUAAACAGAAACAAAAGUGAUUUAAGUUCUAAAUGGCACAGAAUUGAUCACUGACACAAAGGUAUUUUGGUGCCUAUAGUAUCCCUUUAACAGAGAAGUUAAAAGUCCACCUACAUGUUCCACCCAUGAGUUCGCUCACAGGGAGUGGAGUGUGUAGGGGAUGUGUUAUGUGUUAUUGUAGAGGAUCCAAUGUGUGUGCUUAUGGAAUGUAGUGUAUAGGGAUACCAGUUUGUGCAGGUGAUGUAGUGUGUUUGUAGUGGAGGCAGUGUGUGUUUGUGUAUAAGUGAUGUAUUGUGUGAAUCUGUGUUUGUAUGCAUAAGGAAUGCAAGGUGUGUGUCUGUAGUGUGUGCAUUGAGUGUGUGUAUGAAAUGCAUUGUUUCUGUGUAUAUGUAAGAGAAGCACUGUGUGUGUUUGCAUUUGUGUGUUUCUGUGUAUGUGUGCAAAGGAUGCAUUGUCUUUGUGUGUAAUGGAUGCAUUGUGUGUUUCUGUGUGUGUAGGGAUGCAUUGUGUGUUUGUGUAUGUAUAGGGAUGCAUUGUGUGUGUGUGUGUGCGCGUAGUGUGAAAGAGCUCCCUGUCCUGCCCCCUGUCCUAUAGAGCUCUCCCCUGCCCCUUAGUGGUCUCUCCCCCCCCUUCCCUAGCAGUCACUUCUCACCCACCCACCCUCCCUGUGCUCUUCUCAUCCCCCCCCCCCAAACCUCCGGUAUUCUUUUCAGCCCCCUCCCUCCCUGUGUUCUUCUCACUCCCCCCCAUGUGUUCUCCUCACCUCCCCCCAUGUGUUCUACUCACUCCCUCCACCCUCCCUGUGUUCUUCUCACUCCCCCACCCUCCCUGUGUUCUUCUCACCUCCCCCUCCGUGUUCUCCUCAUCUCCCUUUCUCUCCCCUCCUCCCUGUGUCCUUCUUACUCUUCCCCCUCCUCUCUGUGUUCUUCUUACUCCCCCUGUUCUUCUUAACCCCCCAUUCUUCUUAAUCCCCCCGUUCUUCUUAAUUCCCCCAACCCCCCUGUUCUUCUUAAUCUCCCCACCCCCCUGUUCUUCUUAAUCCCUGCACCUCUCCCCCUUCUUCUAAUCCCUCCCCCCUUCUUCUUAAUCCCUCCCCCCUUCUUCUUAAUUCCCCUUCUUCUUAAUUCCCCUCCUCCCCUUCUUCUUAAUUUCCCCCCCCCCCUUCUUAAUUCCCCUCCCCUUCUUCUUAAUCCCCCCUUCUUCUUAAUUCCCCUUCCCUUCUUCUUAAUCUCCCCACCCCCUGUUCUUCUUAAUCCCCCCACCUCUCCCCUUCUGCUUAAUCCCCCCCCUUCUUCUUAAUCCCCCACCCCUCCUUCUUAAUUCCCCCCUCCCUUCUUCUUUCCCAAUUCCCCCCUUCUUCUUAAUUCCCCCCCUUCUUCUUAAUUUUCCCCCCUCCCCUGUAGCGUGGCCGAGCUGCUCCGCUGUCCACGGUGCCGGCCGGACUGAUAGGAAGGUGCACGCUGAGUGUGCAGUUCCUGUCAGUCCGACCGGUUACAGGACACAGAAACUCCUGUUCCGCGCGGAGUUUCUGUUUCCUGUAACCGGCCGAACUGACAGGAAGUGCACACUCCUUCCUAUCAGUCCGGCCGGCACCGCGGACAGCGGAGCAGCUCGGCCACGCUACAGGGGAGGGGAGGAGCAGCCGCCUGAGGCUCUUCACAGAGCGCUCAGGCGGCUGCAGCAUUUAAAGGGCCCGCUCUGCAGCGGCCGGUCCCAACAGAAUUUAGGGUGGCCGGGGGGGCAAUUGCCUCCCUGCCCCCCGGCCCAGCCCGUCCCUGGUAUAUACUAGAGUAUAAGCCCCACUCGGCUUAUACUCGGGUCAGUGUCUAUAUUAUGGCAACUUACAUUGCCAUAAUGCGGUCCUGUUGGGGGCUGGCUGCAAGCUCUUACUUACCUUUGUAGCAGCUCAUUAAGGUUACUGGAUUUAUUCUAGAUAUUGUAGCCCUUUCACCCCUUUUUUGAUUAACUCUUAUUCUUUUUAUUAAGUUUGAAAGACCCAUUCGAUAUACUGAUGUGUUCUAUCUGUAUAAUUAUACUACAUGAUUACUGCACUUCUAGUCUUGUUUAUUACAGUGAGUUUAUAGUGACAGUCUUCUGUACCUUAGUAACAUUUAUUCUGCACAGUGAUUCUUUCGUCCUGUUAUACAUAGAGACUAAUACAUUAAACAGGAGCAUUUAACUCCUUUCAGUGGGUUCCCUCGCAUUGUAUUUAAAUUAAACUUAGACAUAGUUCAUAUUUAUUGUAACAGAUUCUAUUGAAUUUUACUGACAAUUUAUUUUACACUUCAUUUCUGACAUGUAAGAAUCAGUACAUUUAAUUAGUUGUCAGCUUGUAUCAAGGGGUUCCCAUGUACUGUAUCUAUUUUUGAUCUAUAGAUACUAUUAGUCAUUUACUCUCCUUAUUGACUUAUCGAUCUAUUUUUUUUCAUUCAUUUUUAUUAUAUAUAAUUUUUGUGUGUAUUUGUAUGUUUGCUCUUUGUUCUGACUGCCGUAAUUGACUUUUUAUUAGUCAGGCAGCCAUAGCUGGGGUUUUUUCAGAUUUAUGUCUCCUAUUUACAAAAUAAAGAAUCUUCUAGACUUUUAACAGUUCGUGUGUAUCUAACAUUAGCAUUAGGAACAGAUCGCUUUCUUUCUUUAUAGGUAAAGGUAGUUACAACUCUCUCUGCCUUCCUUGUGACACUUCCCAUCGAGUGCAGCAAACAGAGCAAAGCUUUGCUGUAGAAAAAAAAACAAGUUAGAUUGGCCAGUGUUUCCUUUUUCAUCAUCUUCAUCAUCUGUUUCCCUACCUACAGUCCCCAGCCGGGGAACAAAUGCCUUAUGCUGCUUUCUGGAAUUGUAAACAACUGCAUCUCUGGGGUUGACGCCAGCGCAGUCUGCGGAAAUGGCAUAAUAACACUUCACACAGCCUGAGACCAGGGACACAUUUGUAAUCUGUGUCGGUUAACAAGAUAAUGCUCUUGUAGAACUGACACAGUCAGAGAAUUCCCUUGACGUUACCUUAAAUGCUUUCAUGUGCGCCAACACUGAAUGGAGUAAAUGUGCUAUCUUAAUUUAUCUGGGAUGUGGUUUCAGCUUUAUCUAUCCUAUAUGAAACAUACUGGGUUUCACCUGCAGUCUCUAAGUUUGGUUGCGGAGACCCUAGACGAAGCCCGUCUUCUCCAAGGGGUGGAGUUGUGGCAGUAUACACUCUUCCUCAGUGAAAUAACAGGUGCACUUAAACAGGGCCCUCAACGGUUCUUUUUCAGGUCUAACUCUUACCACAUAAAAGUACUGUAUUUUGGGUACAAUCCUGAAUUUGGGCCUCUGUUCUGCCAUUCUGAGUCUGUUCUCUGAUGUUCCACUUCUGGGGGGAGUAUAAAAAAAAAGUCCGUAUAUAGUGCAAAGUGAGCACACCGUUAAUUGUUUGAGCUGUGUGGAAAUUAACUCUGGGGAUUCUGUCCAUAUCCACGCACAGCACAUGGACUAGCGAACAUGAUUACCUGGCAUGUAUGCCAUGCCGACACACACCCAAACAGUUACUCCUAACAAAAAAUUUUUUUUAAAAAAAUCUUACACCUGGUCCUGCUAACUUCUGUCUUGUGAAUAGACUGUGAAUAGUGAAUAGACUGUAUAAACCUCAUAAUAGCUGCUGGAGAGUGUGGAUCAUCUGCAGAUAUUCGUAAAGACGCAUCCCACUCUGGCGCUGUGGGUGUGGCCUCCCGAGAGGUUGCGUCAGCCAGCCACUCAUGGUUGGGUGUACCUAUAGUGACAGCUACAAAUGAACUAAUCUGCCAUAGGCAGAUUAUAGGCCGCUCUCACUUUAACUUUUGCCCUCACAGGGCCAUUCAGAAGUUGAAAUCCAAAAGGCAAAAUUUGAAAUUACAAUUUCCAUGCUGUUGGAGAAUUUUUUGAAUUAGCUAGUUUCACCCCCAUUUUGCCAUUAGGAUUUCAAUUCACUACAAUUGAACAUUUUAUUGAAUAACCCGGUCGGCACACCAACACUCAAAGGGUUACAGUUGUAUUCGUUAGUUAAAGCUGCUGGCCAGGAAGCCUUUUUUGUCUCAAAUUGCAGGUUUGUCCUUUAACAUCAAACGCCCCCAGCACCCAGGAUACUUCAAUGGAAUUGUUUUGUGGCUCUGCCAAACAGCUUUAUGGCAGGGACUUCAAAAAACACAGCGAUUAAUUGAAGUCCAUUUAUUAAAGGCAAUGCUUCCAGCAGCCUGUUUGCCACGGUAUCUGGAUUGCCUGUGUGCAAUGCACAUGGAGGAGUACAAUAAAGAUUUGUCUCAGAGACACUGAUGGGAAUAUUUAUUGUUUGGUCUUUGAAGAUGAAGUAAAACAGUUGAUUCAGCAUAAGCAAAUCUGUAACUAGAUCGCUGGCUCCAAGCGAGCCUAUCAUGCCAAUCAGUGUUACCCAGGUCAGGAGCUGCAGAUGGAGCAUGAACCCUUUUGGGGUUUAUUUACUAAAUGUUGAAUUGUGGAGGACUUUUCAAGGAGUCAGACAUUUAAAAGGUGUUGCCUCAUUGUUACUCACCUGUAAACGAAUACCUCGUCAUGUUGAUCUGAUUUUGCUAAAUUAACGCCAAAUGACCAAAGUUGUGUAUUUUGUCAUCGCAUACUGCAACUCGCUACUUAGUGGAUAAACCCUAAAGUCUUUACGGUUCUGGGGUACAGGUUCAGCUGGUGAGUGCUGCAUCUUGGGAUCCGUGAGAAGCACUGGGAAUCUCCAAUAAUCUUCAUAAUUCGUCUUUAUAGCGGGGAACCACCGUUCUUCCUGUGUCAUUGUUAACACUUUCACUGGUUUGAUUGUCACUGUUUGCAACCCAGAUACUAAAAAAAAAAUAAAAAAUAGAUUCCACGUGGCUGGCUGAGCAUUGUGUGGUUUACAGUCCACUGAUUGACUUUUCCCUGUUUGAAUGGGUAAGCUGGAGAGGUAACCGUUCGUGCUCUGGAUUUUGUUAAAAGGAAGUGAUGCCCUUGAAAUGGGGGCUGGAUGUGUUGGCAGAUUAUUUUCAGACACUGAUCGCUGCCAAUAUAAAUUUCCACCUAUACUACAAUACCAGUUUUGUUGGCGACACCGCAGUUACAUUUUGCCGGAGUUACUUGGUAACACUUGUGCCAAGCACUCUGGGAGAACGUGGCACACUACUGUAUUAGGAUCUUACUGUUGUGGUGCCAAUAUCUGUGUGUGCUAUUUUGCUGUAAUCUUGACUUUUUUUUCCAUCUUUGUAUAAAACCUGCAUAUAAAAUCAGUCCAAUUGCUGUAUUUUCCAUAUAUUACCCAUCUCUUUCUGUGUGUGUGUGCAUAUACGAGAAAAUGACAACUUGUCAAAAUAACAAAAUAAAAAUCCAGUGGUUUCAGACCAUGAAUAAUGGGGAAAAAAAUACAUAUUCAUUUUUAACACAAUACUAAUGUUUUAACUUGGAUUAUGGUCUCGGUCUGGUGGUUCUCCAUCCCCACUUUGACCUGGCUGUGUGGCAUAAAGCAUUGUCAUGUUGGCAAAAAUAAUCCUCAGAGUUGGGGAACAUUGUCAGAGUAGAAGAAAGCAAGUUUUCUCCCAAGAUAAUCAUGUGAGUUAUGCAUCCUUCACAAAGAUGCCCCUUCAGCCCUGCUGAAGCUCCUCCAAAGUCCAAACUGUGGCGGAACCAGCCUCGCCACUGGGCAUUGGAGAAGACUGAUUGCCAGCCUCCUGCCCUGUGACUAUGGCCCCAUGUUGAAAUGCUGGAUUUUCCCCUGCAAAGACCUGAAAGCCGGGUCAUUCGGUACUUUCCCUAUGUGAGCAGUGUUACCCCAGAUAGCUAUGCCAUGGAGCCCAUUCGUAUAACGAAAAACUAUGUGAAAGACUUUGGCUCCAUGGCAAUUGAACUGUAUGUGUGUGCUCUGAGCGCCAUUCAGUAAUAAUUUGCGCUCAGAUCUAAGCUAUCUGGGGAUAUGUUGAAUGUACCUAUUUUAUGCAAUCGCUGCACAGUUAUAUAUUUUUAUGUAUUUUAUUGUAUUUUGCUACCAUGUGGCUAAUGGAGUUUUGCCUCUGUCCUUGGAGAUAAUUGGAUUACUUCCCAAUUAUCUCCAGGAUAGAAGACUCUGUGGAACUGGUUUUGGGCAGAAAAACCAUGCUUCAUUUUGUCAAAUAGGACUUUCCCUUAACUUUUUAACCCCUGAACUGAUUGCCCUGAUUUUUGGGUAUGUGUAUAUUUCAAGCAUGCAGAUUCUGAAAAUGUAUGUUUUAUGUGAAUGGCAUGUAUAUUUGGGACGUUAUUAAUAUUUUGUAAAAACUGUAUUUCUCUGCCUGUGAUAAUUAUAUUACCCAUUGUGUUCAGUAAUCAUAUCACAGGCAGAGGGGAGGAUUUUGUGUGGGAGUGUCUGUGUGUAUUGUACGGAUUGAUUGGUUGUAUUUCAAAACCCUGUGGGCAGUACUAUGUUUGUGGAUUGUGAAUAAAAGAGGCUGUAUGUGCCAGUACAGUCAGUUCUGCUUGACCUCAAAACGAAGUGUCGUCUCGUUAUUGGGAGAAUUGGAUUGUAUGCUGAUUGUAUGCUUUUUCCUGUUCAGCUGCUUACAGCAUUCAAAUGCUUGAGAGCAUUCGUAUGCUUCUGUGGUUCAGUGGUUGUGGUGUCUGCUGCAGUGCUUGGAGUCCUCAGGAAGCGCUAGGAGCAUCCUUCAACGGAGGUACCCAGUUGGGGUGCCAGGUGAUCCGUUACACAAACCAUCACUGAUCCCCAACCAAAUUACACAUUAGGUGCAAGACACUGUGGCUUGUAGGCCUCUCCAGGUCUCUGUCUAACCGUUAGAUGAUCAAGUAUUGGGAAAAUCUAAAAAAUUGGACUCCAAUCCUUAUGGUCUUUUGCAAACCUUGCAAAGCCUGGCUCCUCUUUGUUUCUUUUUGAGUACCUUUUUCUAGCUUUGCAUGACUUCAACCCUGCCUCUAGGAGCCUGUUUCGGACCAUCCUCAAAGUGCACUUCACCCAAGCUGCAGUUUGCCAUUCUUUUUGUGGGUCACUUGAUGUCAUUCUGUGCUUGUUGAAUGUCAUGCAAAUGAGUUGGACGUCAUUCCAGCCAGUGGAUAGUGGUGUACAUUCCAGGGGGCCCGGCCGCCCUGAGGAACCCUGCAACCGGGUGCCCGCCGCCGUCCAAUGGGUCCAUCGGGUGGCCCAUGCUGUUAGGGCCACCCCAUGGGUAUGGAUUUUCAGGGGGCCCGGUCAGCGCUGGGUGCUUUAACAGCAUGACUCGGCCCCCUGUGAUGACAUCAAACACUGGGAGGAAGUGACUGCCCCAGUCACUCCUUCCAGCAUAAACAGAGCCCGCGUGGGAGGAAGCAGAGGAAGGAGUCUCAUCUACAACGAGAUGCUGAUUGGUGCAGAGCGGUGUUUUGGCACACAUGAUGCACUAGCCUCCCAAUGCUUCUCUAUAGGAAAGCACUGGAUUGGCUGUGAACGUCAGAAUUGAUCAUCUCAGCCAUAGAGGUGGGCAGGCCACAGAGAGCAGCAUGUUGAGGGAGAAAAGGUAUGUAAAUCUUUUUUUCAUGUAUGUGGCUGGGGGUGCAUCUACUAAACUGCUACAUGCCACUAUAGCAUUACGAAUAUAUAGUUAUUAUUAUUGGUAUUUACAUAGCACCAACUUAUUCUGCAGCGUUUUACAAUAAUGGUUGUAUUCCUAAACCAUAAAUGUAGUUCAAACUAUAAUAAAUGUGUUUAUAAAUCAGUCUGUAUGAAUAAGAUACAUUGCUCUUGUUCUCUGUUGCAUUUCAGUUAAUUUAUUAGUUAGUCACCUAAAAUUUCUCAAAACCGUUUUCCCCUACAAUUAAAGUCAUACUUUGUCCAUGCGUCUCCUUAUUAUAUUUAUGCAAAGUACGGUUAUAUUUGUUAAGGGACAUGUAGAUUAUAUUAUUUUUUAAAAAUUCGUUUUUUCUCAGCUUCAUUUCCUUUUGUUAAAGCGGCACUGUCAUGCCGAACUUAAAUUUUUUUUAAUCGAUUUCUCUUCUUUUUGUGGGGAAAUUGCUCUGACCACCAGAAACAAAGCACACUUUGCUCCUCUGCUGGUCAUAGCUGGUCAGGCAUAGGAAACCUCCAUGAGACGAAUAGUCCCUACUUUGUCUUAUGUUUUUAAAGAAAAAUAGAGCAGACAGGAAGAAAUGAAGAACAGAUCCUGACAGAGGGAGAGAAGAGGAAUUGAUUAAAGAAAGGUAAGUUCGGCAUGACAGUGCCGCUUUAAGUUGUGACUUUUCAUUGUGUGAAUGCAGUAAUUUGUGUUAUGGUACCAUACACAAGACACAGGGUUUAUUUUGUUUACUAAGUGGAAACUGCGAAAUUGCGUACAAAAAUAGUUUAAGUAUUAAAAUUCUUUCUUUUAUUUUUUGAAGCUCUGCUAUUUUGGCCUGUAUUUUUCAGUUUCCAAGUGAUACAUGGUAGAGUGCAAAAUAUUUGAAAUGUAACCUUUUGUCAAAGUGUGCAGAUUUUUCUGUAACAGAUUUGAAUUUAUGGCAAAAUGAACUCAUGUUUUUUCUAUCUUUCUUUCUCUCCGCAGCAUUUGUCCAAUGGUCGCCAACCCCCCCAUUAUGUCUAUGACCCAGCAAUGUUUGCCUUCCGUUCUCUUAGCACCGUAAAGCCUAUUAGCCCAUUAGUUCCCGUUGAAGAGCCUAAAUGUGCCUACUAAACGAAGAUUUGUGUUCUAUUCUCAGGACCUUCGCAGAUAGACCAAUCCGCCUUCAGCAGCACAAACCUGUCGCUAUAAGCAAUAAGGAUGCUUUAAACAGACUGUCUUCUAUAACGUUUUGCUAAGACCAGCAUUGACGACCUGUCAAAGAUAAUGAAAAAAUAUAGUAGUCUGUAUAAAGUUAAGCAAGUAUAUGCUUUUCAAUAUAGUACGUUAGAAUGAAACAAAGGUUGGUGGAUCUAAAGACUGGACAAAGUGGUGGUUUUGGUAAAUUAACACAGAUUGAUUUUCGUAGAAAAUGGCAGAAGUUAACCAACUCUCAAACAAAGGAGUAAAAGAACAAAGGUUUAGAACUAGGGAAUAAUGGAUUAAAACUACAAAUAUCAGGUUUACUUUUCUCCAAGAUCUAAAUAUUCAAUAUUUGUAUGUAAAGAAAUCUUAAAAAUAUUUUUAAGAAGUCUGGAUGUAAAGCGGGAUUUAGAGAUGGUUAGGAGUAAUCCCGUCCAGUGAGCUAGCCUUCCAAGAUGCCUUAGACUUUGCUAUCCUUGAGCGUUCUAGCUUUGAAUUAAUCGAACGCGCAUGGGUGGUAGAAUGUAUUGUUGGCAUGCAUUGAGACAGAAUAUACUGUGUGAUCAGUGUGACCAGGAAACAGAUGUUCUGCAGUUUUAAUGAUGCAUGGAUAUUAUUGCGCUACAGUAACCAGAAAUAAUUUUUUUUUGUUUUUUUGUUUUUUUGUUUGUGUAUCUUACUGCAAUGUCAUUAACAUCUAUCAUGGGAUUGCGUGGCCAGAUCUCCAGGUCAGGAGUAGGUAAUCGGCUACCGUAAAUCUUUGUCCAACACUCUUGGAUCAGGGAGAGUAAUCCAUGCAUGUCAAAUUUUUGGCUAACAUGGAACUCCCCCCACUUGCCUCAUGAGACACCUGAAGACAAAUGGUGCUGUAGGUAAAUACACCUACACCUCCCAAUACUACUGCUCUAUGCAGGGAGGUCCCGGGCUUCGGCAGGUGUUCCACCUGCUCUCUGGUGCCUGAUGUAUGUCUGUAUAAAGAGCCAUUCUGGGGCAGCAUUCGAAGAGUGGAUCAAUCACCAGGGAAACAAAUUAAAUGCUUCAUUGGCUUGUUGUACCUUUCGUGGUUUGACCCAGAAUGUCUUUUUAUACAUAACCAAUAAAGUCUGGCUGUGGAUAGAGUUUGGAGAUGUACAGAAGGUAACCCCAUGCCCCUGGUGGAUGCCUGCUUUGCUCCUUAUUGACUUAAGAUAACCUGAUUUAGGAAUGCAUAAAAUGUUUAGGCCCCAUUCCUGGGAUAACAAUCUGCUUCACGUUCUAAGUGAUUGCUCCUUAUUCAGUAACUCCGUAAAUAUUCUGUGGGGUUUUGUUUUUUGUACAUGUCCAGUACGAGCUCCUUGUGGCCACCCCUUACUGCUGGCUGGAAUCAGGCAUUCUAAUCAAUAUUAAAACAUCAACUUAUAGAAUGGAAGAAAAGGAAUGUUUAAAAGGGGGAAAUAAAGCUUUAUUAACCAGUGAAUAUCCAGCUUCUAGAACAAACAAUGUGCAGGAGAAAGGAAUGGAAAACGAAAUAUUACAACUCUCCAAGUGUGUGACAUUAUCAAAGCAUUAAACUGUACCUGACAUGGUGGCACUUUACAGCCAAUUGUCAUAUCAUUCAGUCAUCAUUCUAGAAACUGAAUAGAUAAAAUGAUUUCUUUUUUACCUUUUCAGUUGCUAAUUGCGUGUUUUGACAUAGAGGUAAUCUCGGUUUUAGUGGGUGCUGGUACAAUAGGGAGCCAAGGAACCCAAUGAAUGCACCUGACUCUGUGCACUCACGCAUUGUAGAGCAAACCCUUAUGCUCUCAUUUGGGAAUGAGGCUCUUGGACCUGCGCAAAUGCAAAGCCUGCAGUAGAUAUUUAGAUGCAGAUCUCGGGUAGAUAGAACAUUUUAUUUCUUUAUUUACGUAUCACUUUGCUAGCACAAGCGUAGGUUACAUUUAAAAGUUUCCAGACGUGGAACUUGACAGAUCUGAUUUGAAAGCCCCAGUUGUCCCAUAGAAAGGCUGCCUCCUGUAUGGAGUUUUGCAUCUCUGUGUAAUGAAGACCCACAGUAUGAUAGUAUUUGGGCAAAUCCAAGUCUCCAUCACAUGUGGUUUUAAUAGUGCCUUAACUUGGCAUAUGGAGCAAUGAUGGAUCUGAGAAUAAGUGCAGGUCACUUUUUUUAUUCAGUACAUAGCUUUCUGAUUGCCAAAAAUUUCAAGGAGAGUCAGCACAAAAUUCUGGGAUCCCAAAAAUGGGGUUUUAAAUAGUAAUGGAUACCUUGUUUCACCACUCCCACUGCACUAGACACCGGGAGUGGGUCUGUCUGUAAAGUCACUUGCUCUGUAAAUUGGUAACAAAUCUAGCUCCCUAGGCUGUCUGUAUUUUUUGGAAAUCAGUGAAUUAAAAGGACACUAUUGUGUGCAGUGCCCCUGGUGUUUGGCUCCUGCAAUGUAAAGCAUUGCUGUUUUGGAGAUACAGUGGUUGUUACACUGACAGCAACUAGACAGUGCCUUCACUGAGUGAACAGAGUCAGUCUCAGCUACUUGACAUUUGAUAUGAAAGGGACACUAUAGUCACCUGAACAACUUCAGCUUAAUGAGGUUGUUCAGGAGAGAACUAUAGCUCCCUGCAGCCUUUCUCAUUAAAAUACAGUGUUUACAUUGAAAGCUAGGAACACCUCCAGUUGCAGUCACUCAGAGUGAACCAGAGGGACUUCUGAGUUGAUGGAGUCAUAAUAUACCUCCAUCCACUCAGAUCUGCUGUGCACGAGCGUCCUGUGAUUCAGUAUCUCCUCCCACUGCAGGCAGACACUGAACUUUCCUCAUAGAGAUUUAUUGAUUCAAUUAAUCUCUAUGAUGACAUACUGAUUGGCCAGGGCUGUGUUUGAAACAUGCUGGAUCUGCCUCCUUGUCAGUCUCAGCCAAUCCUAUGGGGAAGCACUGUGAUUGGAUCAGGCUAUCACAUGUCAGCAGACUGCUUGUUUUUCCUGAGUCUAACAGCAUGCAGAUUUACAGCUUCUGGCUUGAAUACAGUAAGAUUUAUACUAUAUUUAUGGAGGCAUGAGGGGCCGAGGGGGGCUAGAUGGUCGUGUUAACGCUAUAGGGUCAGGAAUACAUGUAGUUGCACUGGUGACUAUAGUGUCCCUUUAAACAUUUAAUCAAUACAUCUUGUAGAGAAACAUUAAAUGCAAUACUUCUCUAUGCAAUUGAUUGGAGGAGUGUGACACUUGUCACAUAUCCGCUUAUCACCACAAUGCUUCUCUAAGUAAAUUUCGAUUGUGUGUAAAAUUUAAAUGAGGGGAGGGGGGUGAGAGGGGAGGAAAAUUUGUACAGUAUAGCUUCCCUUUAAAAUUAAGGUGCAGAUCGGAGAAAGUAGUUGCACUGUGAGUAUAAUAGCAAUGUGGCAAUCCAAUAAGCCGGUGAAUGUUCUCUGUAAAACAGGAGGUUUCAUUGGAGUUUAAACACAUUCUGUUAGUAAAUGUAUCUCAGCCCCACCACCUCCUGCAUAUUGAUUGACAAUGUCUUGUCUUUUAUCGAAUCAGUUUUGUGCUUGACGUUUUUAUUUUUAACGUGGCACUGUCACCAUCACUAUCCUAAAAUCUAGCUGUCUAAGCGUGAAGGUGGCCAUAAUUUUACCCUCCAUGUCCACCCCUCCCAGUAACCGUUACUGAGAAUAACAAGGCGGCCGACCAGGUUCUGUGAUUUGCAGAGUAACUUUUGGCUUUCCAAUGUGGAUAAAACCAGGAAUAAUUAAUUCAAUCUCUGAUGUAGCACCAGGCCCAACAUGCCCAAGGCUAGCUAGAAUUCGUUUAUUUUUUUGUUUUACAAAACAAUGUAAAAAUGAUCAGCGCGUGGUGUAUGCAGUUUUCAACAUGCUCUGUGAUGGUGCAUAGACUACGCGAACAGAGCUGCUGUCAUAGUAAAGUAAAACAAGUUCCCCCUAAAAUUUUAUACUGUAAAUGCCCCGAAUAAAAUGGAGACAGAGCAAAAUGAAUCCAUUAUACCGAACACAGCAGAAGAGAGCAAAAUAAUUGUGGAUAUUUACGAAUAUGUGAGUUGUUGUGAAUUCGCCUGGGUUUCAAAUUUAAGGUCACAGCAGCUGAGCUGGAAACAUAGCUUACCUGGAGAAUUUGUUCCAUGUUGGCCGAGUUGGCUUAGAAUUUGAAAUUCCUUGGUGAAUAUUAGUGAGUGACCUUGUUGAUGUGUUACGAUUUGUUCUUAUCGUUUGCUGGGUUACGCAUUUCACCCGUUGAUGUGCGAUGGAUUAGGACACACCGCUUUUAUUAAAAAAAUGCCGUAUAGAAUUACAAAUAGCUAGAUAAUAAAAUACAACUACAGACUGACAGACUGACAGACAGACACGGUUAUCCCACAAACUAGAUAUAUCCAGGUUGGAUCAGAUCGUGCUGGUCUGAUACUAACAGAUCUUCAGUCAUUUAUAAGGACAGCGCAUUUUAUAGGACUGUUUUUUACUUUAGUAAAAAUGCCACUGUUUCUGUAAUGAUAACUUCCCUGCAGCCAGCAGUUUCCCUCUCAAACAGAUAUUGGUAAGUAAUCGAUUCAGAACAGGCCAUUAGGAUUUGCUGAACAAGGAAUAAUAAGCACCGUUUGUUUUGUAACCCUUUCGGUGCCAGGGCACUGCACUGGCCUUGCACUGGAAGGAUUGAAUGCCCAAUUAAAUGCAAAUCUUUUAAACCAUGCGCUAAGUGAUAAGUGCACCAAGAAACGUUAAAUGUUACGUGAAAAUAUAUGAUUUUAGUGCUGUUGGCUAUUUUUUGAAUAUUAAAGGAACUGACUGUCACACACUCCUGUAGCUACAAAACUAUUUUUGUACACAUAUUUUUGUAAGAGAGGUGUGUUUAUUAUAUUAUUUUUCUCAAAGAGCUUUUCUAGUGUAACAGCUACUAAAUUGUAGAUAACCACUUGUUAUUUCUAUGGAAAAGGUUUGGUUAACACAAUAAGUGCUGGCAGUGCAAUGCUUUGCACAUACCCACAUCUGUGGCACUUGACUGGUUUAAAAAAAAACAAAAAAUGCAUUCACCAUUCAAAAGGAUGUUUUCGUUGCCUCACAAGCUCUGUUGCUUCUGAAAGAGUUAAAUAAAAAAAAAAAAUUAAAAAAACAUAAAAAAAUAAAUAAAAAAUGAACCAUCAGUCAAGUGGUUAUAUAGCACGAUUAUGCUAUUUUAACAGAAAAACGACGGACGCUCUCCAGCGACCAAAGUGUUGGCGUAUUCUCCCCUUUCGCACUGGGGGUAACAGUUUCCAUUAUAGGAUUCUAUAGGAACCUAAGGUUAAUUAACCCUUUGAAUGCCAUGGUGGGGACAGUAAAACCCAAUGCUUGUGUCCCUUUUGUGUUUUGUAGGGUUAAAGAAGUGCAUUGAAUAAUGGAGAAACAAUAACCCAAAAACCUGCAUUGUGCAGUUUUUCUAGAGAUGAAUUUAGGCAGCAUUUCAUUGCAGUAGGUAGUUAGUAAUAAGCUGAAGCUCCUGUGGGUAAUUCCAAUGAUGUGUGAUGCAGGUAUGUGGUCGUGGCCUGGUUUAGGUGGCAAAACUAACUACUGUAACAUGGAAUGUAAGCUAAAAUGGGAACGGUGGCGCAGCCCCCUCAAUGUACCUAAAACAUGUCUCCAAGUCUGCUUUUGGGUAUAAAACCAUAGACUGUAAAGGUGGCUUUGAAAACGGGAAAUAAAUCCUUUAUGUCUAAAUCCUGA